AAAAAGCCAACACCACCAACGCCCCCUACAGAAAAUGGUCAUACAAAGGUUUCCUCAGGAUGGGGGUUAAAGUGAUGGUAGUUAGUGUGUUGGGAAGAAAUAAGCUCAGGUUUCCAGCAGCACCUAUGCAGGGCUCUGCCUAUACUGAGUCUGGGCUAUUUUUCACUGUACUAGCUUUUUCCAUGUGGGACAUUCAAUAAUUCACUUAGCUGGGGUGAUGGGAUGGCACAAUUUUGAAUCUCAUUGCUUUGGGGUUUUCCUUAGGGUCCCAAGCUCCUGAAGCCACAUCUCCUCUCUUAGCAAUUUGGCUUUCUUCCUGCCGGUCUUUGAUCUCCCCUCAACUCCCUUUCUCUUUCUUCCUUGUUGUACCCUUCACCCCCUUCCUCUCUGAAGCUGACAGCCCGGCUUCUCUCUCUGUUGUCGCCUUUAACAUCUUAUUACUGCCCAACAGGGUGUUAGAGGCAGAAAUAGGAGCCGCCUGCACUGAUCAGAUCACAAAGGGGACACGGCAGGUGGCCCCCACAACCAAGCAGUCACAUCUGGACAAAUAGAAUUCAAAAGCACUGGUGGACAUGUAUGAUGUGUAAAUGUGUAUUACAUGCUAUUUAAUUUAGCAGCUACAUUGUCUGAGGAAAGACGUAUGAGAGUUACCCUCAUUUCUUACAUCUACAAGCAAGAUAACGGCCCAUGUAGUGAAGUAAACACAUGCAGGUAACAUAAAUAUGGAUUUGAUAAAGGGCUGCAUGUAGGUUAGUCACAUUCUGGUUGACUUCUCCAUACCUGGGAAACAUAAUGCUUUUAUUAUUAUUAUUCUGAGGCAGGGUGACUGGAGAAUUUCUAGGUUGGGUGUCACCAUCUUGGCUCACUGCAACCUCCGCCUCCCGGGUUCAAGCCAUUCUUGUGCCUCGGCCUCCAGAGUAGCUGGGAUUACAGGUGCACACCACUACACCUGGCUAGUUUUUGUGUUUUUUUUAGUGGUGUGGAGUUUCUCCAUGUUAGCCAGCUGGUCUCAAACUCCUGGCCUCAAGUGAUCUGCUAACCUUAGCUUCCCAAAGUGCUGAGAUUACAGUCAUGAGCCACCGGGUCUGGCCACGUAAUGCUUUUAAUAUAAAUUUGAAUCUUAAUAUUUUAUUCAGAUAAGCCACUUUUCCCCAAAUAUGCAAUCAGUCCUUUAAACAACUUACUCUUGUAUUAAGUUAUCAAAAUGCUGGUUGCUAUGCAUUUAACUGAGAAUGUCUGCCACCUUCUGCCAGACUUGAUUAUACACAUAUGUAUCUAUCAUUGUAACUGGCUACUUAGAAACAAAAUAACUAUUAUUAUUAUUAAAUUCCAGGUAAGCCAACAGGGCUUUACCAUAAGUAAUUAUUUAUAAAGAGACUAGUAAACUAUUUUGUCAUGCUUAUAGCUGGGAACACACACAUAUAUGUAAUUGUAUUAAAACUUUCUUUUGUAAGCAGUUAACCUUGCUUGAGGUAAAUGUUUAUAUCCCUGUUUUGUUAUUAAGAACACAACUCUGGGAGAAGAAAACAAACGUACUUAGCCAAGUCAAACAGCAGGUCAUGUGUGUAGAUGAACCUCAAAUCUGGAUUUCUUUGUACAUUCCAUGAUCUGUAUUAGUGUAUUCUAAUCUAAAGUGGUUUUGUGCACGUGAAAGUUAGAAGCCAGACCUCACUCUUGCUGUGGCACUCAGUUUAGAUAUCAGAGGGAAGGGGUGGGGGUCACAUUCCUGGUUCUAAUCUCCUCUUAGCCCUUUCUGGUGGGGUUGGGGGAUGUGGGUAGGUACUAAGUAGACAGCAUGGAGGCCGGGACUUUGUGAACUUGCUGCCUUUUAUGGACAUUGCUUUAGCCUCUUAUGAAAAAGGACCCUCAAACGUUGUAAGCCAACAGAUUCCCAAGAACCUGUUCUCCAUCUGCUUCUGCUUGCCACUGUAAAAAAGCCCUAAAUUCUCCAAACUUCAUUAGCACGCAUUAUUUUUUCAGUGGGAUAAAUGUCUGCUUUUGAUGAGGCACCUAUGAUGGAGAUUAAUGUCUACGAGAAUGCAAGUGGAGGCAUUGUCGCAGGGUAAACCUCUGGAAAUAGCCUGGCCUGCAGGCCUCCUGGGAGACUUCGGAGACUGCGGGUUGAAUGGGAGCUGCUCAGUCCCUUAAGGUGGGCUUGAAUUCAGAGACAACUGAGUUGGAGACUCCUCAUCCGCCUCUUUUUGGAAUCAUGCAGGUAGCUGGAAUUUGGAUACAUCUGAAAAAGACCACAAUGUCUAAAGCUGUUUCAGAGCCAUCUGUUCAGAUCAGUGCAAAAAAUAAAAUGCCAUGGUCAGCAUGUUUUGUUUUGAGCAUGCACUGGAAAAAGAAUGGAAACUGAGGCUGAUGUUUCGGUUUUCUAAGGCAGCUACGCUGCCAGCAGUGGCCAUGGGGGCUGGGUCAUAAAAAGGCACCAGCAUCCAGGCCUGUUUAUUAUCCCAACCUCUGCCAAGUAACUUUUGUGGUUUUUGAGUGUUUUGAAAGUCACUAGAAAACAGGAAUGUAGCCAAAUGUGGCAAACCUCUGGCCAAAAACAUCCCACAACCACUGAAAUAUUUUUUGCCCAGCCACGACCCAACAGGGGUGUUAUAUAAGCCCUAAUUUUAAAUGGUCUUUAAAUACGAGGGCAUUUAACAAGAAAAGAUAGAGAGUGGCCUAGGGUAGGGGAGGACGGAGGAGUGGAUAAAACCACUAUGUGGUCUGGAACUCUGCAAAGAUUAUUGUUGAACUGCAAGAGAGACUGCCUAGUAUGAUCCAUUGCAAAUUCCAAAGUUUUCUAGUUGUUUGAGUGACUGGGGAGAGAUGAGGUGUUGCAGUGUUUUUGUAAUUUGUUUUUCUUAUUGGUCCGGUUACUGGUGUUUCACAGUCUGUCAAAUCAUAUGGAUGAAUGGAGCUAGCAUCAUAAAACUGUCACUGAGGGAAGGUUUUUGAAGCCUGUGAUUUGCAUUAGAGUUUUAAAAGCAGUGGUUAGGAGGUGUUGGUGGGGCGGGGGGAAGAGGAGCAGACUGGAGAAUUUCUAGGUUGUGUGUUUGUGAAUAUUAGUGUGGCAGACAGUGGCAAGGGAAGGGAGAGAAUCCCUGAGGAUGCUAAAAUUUAGGGGCAAUGUGUGGAAACAGGGAGGGGUGAGGGAAUUAGGCUCAGAGCUCCUAAUAAUGGGGUUCAAAUAGCCCACAUUGAGUCCUCACCAAGCAGGCCUCAGUUCUGAGCCUAUAGAACAAUGCUGGCACAUGUCUAAUCCCCCCUUUGCACCCUCUCCUCCCUCUCUGAAUCCAGGGACUGUGGUCAUCUCAGGUUGCUGGGAAAAGUUUUUUUUUAGUUGUUAUUCACCUUGAAAAUCUGCUGUUUGAAUUAUCUGCAAUUGGAAGCUCCACCAGAAAAAUUUUCCCAUCCUCACACUUUCACUUGCUAUUGAUGAAACCUGUCUCAACCUCUUUUCCUCUUCCGUGUUCAUUUCUCACCAGUGGCUGAUUUUUUUUGUAGCCUUAGUGACUUCAGAGUAACGGAGAGAAAAAAGCCCUGGGAGAGGAAUCCCAAGCCUUGAGUUCUGCUUCCAGAGCUACAGGCAACUAGCUUGUGAUCUCAGACACAGAACAUCUUUGAGCGGCAUAUUCCUUGUCUUUAUGAUGGUGAUGCACUUUGAUUCCCAAAUUUCUUUUCAAGCCAACAGCUUCCUGGCUCUUAUUAUGGUGAGUUAGGACAGGGAGGACAGUUAGGGGCCAGAGUUCUGAUUUUUUCUUAUUUUUAAAGUGUGGCUCUAAAGAGAACUUGUAAGACUGGAGACUUCCACAGUUUCUUUCUCUCUUUUUCUCUCUUUCUCUCUCUCUCUUUCUUACCUUCCUUUUAUCUUCCUUCCUUCCUUCCUUCUUUCCUUCCUUCCUUCUUUUUGUUUCUGUCUUAAAAAAAAUUUUUUUUUAAUGGAGUCUUGCUCUGCUGCCAGGCUGGAGUGCUGUGGCGCAAUCUCAGCUCACUGCAACCUCUGCUUCCUGGGUUCAAGUGAUUCUCAUACCUCAGCCUCCCAAGUAGCUGGGAUUACAGGCACACACCACCACACCCAGGUAAUUUUUUAUAUGUUUAAAGUAGCGUAUACAUAACAUACAACACACCAUUUUAGCCAUUUUAAAGUGUGCAGUUCAGUGGCAUUAAGCACAUUCAUUUUUUAUCUUUAGCAGAGAUGGAGGUCUCACUAUAUUGCUCAGGCUGGUCUUGAAAUCCUGGCCCCAAGCAAUCCUCCUGCCUCGUGUAACCAUUGCCACCAUCAGUUUCCAGACCCUUUUCUUUCUUUCUCUCUUUUUUUUUUGAGACAGAGUUUUGCUUUUUGCUCAGGCUGGAGUACAGUGAUGCCAUCUCAGCUCACCGCAACCUCUGCCUCCCUAGUUCAGCAAUUCUCCUGCCUCAGCCUCCUGAGUAGCUGGGAUUACAGGAAUGUGCCACCAUGCCCAGCUAAUUUUGUAUUUUUAGUAGGGAUGGGGUUUCAUCAUGUUGGCCAGACUGGUCUCGAACUUCCGACCUCAGGUGAUCUAUCCUCCUUGGCCUCCCAGAGUGCUGGGAUUACAGACAUGAGCUACUGCAUCCAGCCUCCUUUUUUUUUUUUUUUCCUAUGGAGUCUCGGUUUGUCACCUAGGCUUGAGUGCAGUGAUGCGAUUUUGGCUCACUGCAACCUCCGCCUCCCAGAUUCAAGCUAUUCUCUUGUCUCAGUCUUCCGAGUAGCUGGGACUACAGGCAUGCCCCAUCAUGCCCAGCUAAUUUUUGUGUUUUUAGUAGAUGGGGUUUUACCAUGUUGGCCAGGCUGGUCUUGAACUCCUGACCUCAGGUGAUUCACCCUCCUCAGCCUCCCAAAGUGCUGGGAUUACAGGCAUGAGCCACGGCUCCCAGCUGCCCAGAUCCUGUUCAUCAUCCCAGAGAGAAACUUUAUAUCCUUGAAAGUAUACUGUUCCAUCUCCUGCUUCCUCCCGUCUCUGGGAACCACCAUUCUGCAUUCUUAGCAUCCCAUGUAAGGGAAUCAUACAGUAUUUGUUCUUCUGUGUCUGGCUUAUUUCACUUAGCAUAAUGUCUUCAAUGUUUGUUUAUCUGUGUUGUAGCAUAGUCAGAACUUUAUUCCUUUCUAUGGCCAUUGAAUGGAUAGAGCACAUUUUGUUUACCGAUAUACCUGUUGAUGAACAUUUGGGUGUUUACCUUUUGGCUGUUGUGAAUAAUGCUGCCAGGAACAUUGGCAUACAAUUAUCUGAGUCCCCAUUUUCAUUUCUCUCAGGUUUUUGCUAUGCCUAGGUCUCCUUCAUAUUUGGACUAUAAAAUCUAGGGACUAGGCCAGGCUCAUGCCUGUAAUCCUAGCACGUUGGGAGGCUGAGUCAGGAGGAUCCCUGAGCUCAGGAGUUCUAAACCAGCCUGGGCAAUAUUGUAAGACCCAGUCUCUACAAAAAAUUAAAAAAAAAAAAAAAUAGCCGGGUGUGGUGGUGCACACCUGUGGUCCCAGCUACUCAGGAGGCUGAGGCAGGAAGAUGGCCUGAGUUGAGGAGGUUGAGGCUGCAAUGAGAUGUGAUCACACCACUGCACUCCUGCUUGGGUAACCGAGCAAGACCCUAUCUUAAAAAAAAAAGGGGGGGGGGCUAAGUUUCUAGAUAAUACAAACAUUCUCCACCAUAUAAACUAAACAAAGAAAAAACCCAAACUUAAUAGUGUUACAGAACUCAACCUCUCUGCCUCUCCUUCCACUGGCAUUCCAUUGUUUUUUGGGAUAAAUGUAUUGGGAACUGGGAACCCAGAGACUCAUACUUCUCCCAUUCCCAGCCUUCCCCUCACAUCCACCUUUUCUGGAAGGCAGGGACUCAUGAUUGGGGGUUCAGGGUUUGGUUUGAGGUAGUUCCAGGGGCUGUAGCACUAGCAGUUACCUGGUGAGACUUGGAGUGAAGGCUCCCUAGGUGGAUGGAGGUGUGACAUCUGACAACAGGAGGUGGGUGGAAGCAUGGUGAUGGCAGGCUAGCUUGGGGGCAGGAGUUAGCAAGUCAGGCCUGUCCUUCCAAACAGCCAGGAGAGCUCAUAUCUCCCUCCUCCUCCCUUCCCCUGCCCCCAGCCUGGCUUCCCCCCAGUGGCCCACAUGAAAUAAUGGAUGUGGAAAUAUUUCAGAAGGUAGAAAGUGCAAAUGUGAGGUGUUACUAUGAGAACUAAAAAGUUUCCUGUAGCUGACCGUGGCCUCCUUGGAGAGUCAAUAAUACCUACUAUAUUAAACGUUAUUGUAAAUAUUAAAACAAAAAUAAAUUUGUUUCUGGCGUUACCCAUCACAUCUAAUCAUUGUUUCUCAGGAAAUGCAAGGCCUACUCAUCCAGCCGUGUGUAAAUAGCCCUGGGAUUGCAGUGGGAUUUUCCCAUUGUCUGGGUUUGAAAUAAGUGAGAAUGUAAGCACAGGGGAAACCCUUAUUUCAUUUCUGGUCAUCAGCCCUGACCUGAGUUCACCCACCAAACCAGAGGAAGCAGAAGCAUGGUGGGAAGAGCAGGGCACUCUUCUGGGAACUUGGGUUUUGGGUCCUCUCCGGGUCUCUGGCUCCUCCUUCAACUGAGAGGACUGAGAGAGGGAGAAGUGGAAGCAGGGUGGGGGCUUAGAUCCGCUUGUGAAUAAGGAGGGUGAGCUGUUGGUAUUGGCGGUCAGUGGCAAAAAUGGGUUCUUUUUCUUUUUUUUUGAGACAGAGUCUUGCUCUGACAUUCAGGCUGGAGUGCCGUGGCGUGAUCUUGGCUCACUGCAACCUCCACCUCCCAGGUUCAGGCGAUUCUUGUGCUUCAGCCACAGGAGUAGCUGAGAUUAAAGGCGCGUGCCACCCACCCAAAUAAUUUUUGUAUUUUUAGUAGAGAUGGGGAUUCACCAUGUUGGCCAGGCUGGUCUUGAACUUCUGGCCUCAAGUGAUCUACCCACCUGAGCCUCCCAGAGUGCUGGGAUUAUGGGCAUGAGCCACUGCACCUGGCUAGAUUCUUUAUAGAAAAGUAGACCAGACAGCAUUGCGGUAGGGGUCAGAUCUCAGAGUUACACACUUCUUGGUUGCUAGCUUCGGAAAUGGUUCUGAUUCAGUCUUGCUGCAAAGCUACAACUUUUUUUUCUUUUCUCGUUUAUAUUUUUUAGAGAUAGGGUCUCACUCUGUCACCCAGGCUGGAGUGCAGUGGUGUGACCACAGUUCACUGUGGCCUCAAAUUCCUUGGCUCAAGUGACCUCCCACCUCACCUUCCCAAGUAGCUGGGACUACAGGCAUGUACUGCCACACCUAAUUUCUAAAUUGUUUAUAGAGAUGGGGGCCUCACUGUACUGCCCAGGCUGGUCUUGAACUUCUGGCUUGAAGCGAUCCUCUCAUUUGAGCCUCCCCAAAUGCUGGGAUUACAGGUGCAAACCACUGCACUUGGCCCUGCAACUUUCCUUUACAAGAGCAAAUUAAGCAAAAAACGUCAUCCCUACUCCUACUGUCUGCAACAGCAACUCUCACACAUGUUCGGCCGCCAGUUGAGCAUGGUAAGAACUGUCUCAUCCUCUUUGGAGUUCCUUCAUCCUGUAACCAACACGGAUUGCCUGCCUGCCCCUGAGAACGAAUCAGCAUAGUCGUCUGCCUCCCUCCCUACACAGAGGAGCUUCCACUCCAACAGAGACUUCUGAUCUGUCUCUUUCUUCUAGACCCUUGUUUUUUGGCAGGGCAAAGUAAGCGCUAGCAAACCAGGAGGCUGACUGCUGCCCCCGGCUUUUCCUAGGAAAACCAUAUAGGCGAGGGGAGUGGGGAGAGGGGAGGCAAUGUGGUGCUGGUGAUGUGGGGAGGGCAGGGUGGAUGGGGCAGUGGGAGUGGAGAGAAUAUAUUCUCUCCUGCUAAUUACUUUCCCUGAGGACUUAGCCAGUGCAGAACCAUCUAUUAUCGUGGGAGCGCUCUAUGGUGGUUCUGCCUGUGAUGAAUGCUAAGUGGAAACAAGCAAGAAGAAUUAACAGGCGGCUGCUUCUGUCCACCUAAUUAAAAUGCAUAUCCAAAUGCAUAAUUCCUUAUGUUUCCCCAUGCACACACUCCCCUUCCAAUCCCAGUUCUAUGGACGAGAAAAAAAAAACACUUUCCCCCAAUCAUUUCUCUUGAUUAUAUUUUCAUCAAGGAAGAACUGGAGGGAGGCUUUCCCUUAGAAUAGAGAAGGGCCUGUUCUUCUAACGCUUCUGAAAUAGCUGGCUUUUGACUGAGAUUGAGCCCCAAAUUUUGGAGCUCUUUUUUGUUUUAAACACAAAAACUAGCUGCAGAAAAAAGGGAGAAGAAAAGAAGCAAAGAAAGAACAAAAAAAGAGAGUUCCCACCAUUUCUGCUGACCUUUUAGAUUUGUGUGAAAAGUCUGGCAUGGAUCAGCAAUGCCAGUUCUGGAGGUCUUUUCUAUCUGCUCUUCCUCUUCAUUACUUUCCCUGACCCUGCACUGCCUUCUUUGGUCCCCCAAAUCAACAUAAGUUUUGUAGAGAGAUUUUAGAAGACAAAGACACAUCUACCUUUGCAGAUCAGGUAGAGAGAAAAAAUGCCAAAAGCUUCAGCAUCUGGGGACAAUAUCAGAGGUGCUCACGUCACAGUCACAUUGUUUGAGUCGAACAAUACCUCUUCAUCCUUAUUGUCCCCUCACUUCACUUACCCAGCUGAUCAUUUUCUCUCUCUCCAAAGAAUAACUUUAUUCAGUGGUCAUAAAAUAGUUAAUAAAACAUAAAACUUAAGUCCCUGUGUUCAAUUUGCCAUCACAGCCGUCUCAGUGGCAGACCCCCUUCCCCUGGCCAGCCCACCCCUUCCUGAAGCCCCUUGCCUGCCUUCCACAGCAGCCCCAGCUGUUGAUUUAUCAGGGCUGGCUGGCUCAGCAGUGCAUGGAGAUUGCUUUUAAUUAACUCUCUUCAUUUUUCCCAAUCUUCAGGGAGCAGCAGCCCUUUAAUGAUUUUAAUAUUUUAUUUGGAUUUAUAUCCGCCUUAUUUGUUGUUUGACUUCGCAUUUGUUCUUCCUGAAUCGCCUCCAGACUGAUAUAUUUAUUUAUUUGCCCCUUUUCCUACUACCCCAAAGACCGUUCCAGAUAAUGGACUGUGGAUUCCAAAGAAGGCUGUCUUCCCAGGCUUCCCACUGUCCAUCAGUAGACGAUCUGGUGUUGGCCUGGGAUAUAGGCCUGUGAUGGUUUGGAUUGGAAACUUUGUCUUAGGAAACCCAGUCUCACCUGACUCUUAGCUUAAGGAGUUCCUGAGCUUUGCAUUUUUUAAAAAAACAAAAGACAAAAAAACCACAACAACUCUGAAUUUUAGAAAGUGAGAUCUCUGCCUCUUUCGUGCCUCUGUAAGGGAGUGAGUUGCCUUGGAGAGUUGGUUAAAAACUGCUUCCCCUGUUUCACUGUUAGUAGUAGUUUGAGGCCUGUCAUCCUGCUCAAACCCCAGCCUUACGUAGUUCAGUGGGGUUUUUGGAGCUGCAGGAAGAUGAUGGCUUUAGGGAAGGACUGGGUGUAGGUUCAGUCAAGUCUUCCUGCUGCUUUACGCAUCUUUAGGUGUGGCUGGCAUCUGCUCAGCAACUGCUUGGAAGAGUAACCAUAGGUAUGAUCUGAAAGAGGAAGUGAAGAGGCACCAAUUGCCUUCUCUCCUGGAGGCUGCCUUCUCCUUUAACCCUCAGUUCCCCUUCUCAUGCCUACCCCCCAGAGGUGGGAAACACAUAACCAUCAAAACACCUUCCAGCCAGGUGCAGUGGCUCACACCUGUGAUCCUAGCACUUGGUGAGGCUGAGGUGGGCAGGUUGCUUGAGCCCAGGAGUUCAAGCCAGCCUGGACAACAUGGCAAAAUCCCAUCUCUACAAAAAAUAGAAAAACUAACUGGGUGUGGUGGUGCACACCGGUAGUCCCAGCUACUUGGGAUGCUGAGGUGGGAGGAUCACCCGAACUCAUGAGGUCGAGGCUGCAGUGAGCCGUGAUUGUGCCACUGCACUCCAGCCUGGGCAACAGACCCUGUCUUAAAAAAUGAAAAACAAAAAACAAAAAACAACACCUUUCUAUCUUUCUCCUUCCAGCCUAGCUUUGGCUGCAAAGUCUACUCCUUACCCCACCAGCCCCAGAGAGGCCUGACAGACAGACUGAUGAGGGGGCUAGUUUCAGAACAAGCUUGUCCACAAAAUGCCCUUUUUGGCAUCUUGGUUUGGUGAUGUGUCUUCAGGGUUACUCGUUGCUAGGCAACUGCCAGCUAAAGUUUGAGCCUGAUCUGGGGACUGCAGUGAAUUGCCCUGGGUGACUUGAAUCCACAUUUAGGGACUCCAAUUUACAAUAUUGGCUCUAGGAAAGGGUGGCAGAUAAGACAUUCUUCCAUGUGCCUUUAUGGAAAGAGUUACUGGUUUUUAAAGUCUAGCCCAGAGCCUGGCACACAGUCAGUACACACAGGUCUAUGUUUUGGUGGUGCAAAUGGUGAUUCCUUCCCAUCUUCUUAUCCUGGAAUGCUUUUCUCAUUCCUUUAGCCCUGCCAGUUACUGAGCUGUAUGUAGGAGGCAGAUAGGGAGAAACUGGCGUCUGUACCUCAGUCUAGUGUGCAGGCUACUCAGACUUGAUGUGUGUUUCUUUUUCACUUUUCUUUGGCAAUCACAGGCCCUUUCAAGAAUCCUAUGAACAUUGUGGAUCAUCUCCCCAGAAAAAAAUGCAUAUAGGUAUGAACAUCUGCCUAUGGUUUGAUGGGGCUCAGAGACCUGGAAGAACCCAUCUUUGGAUGCCCUGGAGGCCCAUGGGCUCUAGGAUAAGAACCUCAGCAUGACAGACAUGUGUGAACUUGUUAGUCUGAGGGGUGUUCUGUGUUCCUGCCCAGAGAGAUAGCUCCUGUCAUAUGUUCCCCUGGUGUCUCAGCAAACUGCUGUGGCUUCUCAGGACAGGUGGUUUGAUUGUCCUCCAGCUCCACCCUGCCUCUGGGUGCACUUGACUCAUAGGUGCCUACUCAUCUUCCAGGUGGUUUAAGUGGCCCCUCUCCCUGGUGGAGCGCUUGCUGACCCUCAGGUAGAAUUGACCACACCUGCCCUGGGCCACGCCUGGUCAUGCAGUCCUGAGUGUACUCUUCUCUCUCAGCUACUGAAAUAGUUGACUGUAGUUAGUUAGCAGUAAGGGCGUGGAAGGCAGGGGCAGUAGCCACAUGUGUCUUUCUUUUCUUUCCUUUUUUUUUUUUUUUGGAGAUGAAUUCUCUCUCUGUUUCACCCAGGCUGGAGUGCAGUGGUGUGGCUCAUUGCAACCCCUGCCUCCUGGGUUCAAGUGAUUUUCUUAUCUCAGCCUCCUGAGUAGCUGGGACUACAGACACACACCACCAUAUCCGGCUAAUUUUGUAUUUUUAGUAGAGAUGGGGUUUCACUAUACUGACCAGGCUGGUCUUAAAUUCCUGACCUCCAGUGAUCUACCCACCUUGGCCUCCCAAAGUGCUGGGAUUACAGGCAUGAGCCACCACGCCCGGCUACAUGUGCCUUUCUAUUGCUAGGACUUAGCCUAGCAGGCAUGUAGGAAACGGGAAUAGCUGAAGAAACGAAGCCUGCAGGCAGGCACCCUGCUCUGCAGCCUUUAUUUGUUUCUAGCACUUUAGAAAGUUCAUAUGUUUCUCAUUCUCUCCCUUGAUAGUAGGAGUUUGAAAAAGGCAAAAUUCUUCCCUAAGAGGCUUAAAUUUCAGGAGUUGGGAAACAGAUACAGGCUUGGCCUUGCUUGCAUGUAGGAUGUGCAUUUAUGACACAUGGCAGCCUCGCUCAUUCUAGCCUCUUGUUUCUUGGUCACUUUAUCUAAAAAGCUUGGAUUUCCCCCUUCGGUCUUGGGAAGUAAGACCUUUGCUUUGCUUUGCUUUCAUUCGGGGGAGUAAGUCACCUCUGGCUUAUGGAUAGCCACUGACAAAUCAGCUCCAUUUUUAUUCCAUCCUCCUCUAUGCUUAGCUAUGUGUGGGAUUUCCUUUACCUUAUAUACACUGGAAGACUCUUUUUUUGCUUUUGAGUUUUUAAGAUAGAGAAGACCAGAAGAUGCAAAACGCUGUAAUGGUCUCAACUCGAGGCUGGGACCUGGUGAACAUCUACUGUCCGCUCCACGGAGCUUUAGCUCAGUUUGAGUUGGCCCUCCUUGGGGACGAAGCCAGAACACUCUUUCCUUCCUUUGCGCCUCUUCAGUGCUUUUUGAUCAAGAUGCAAUUCAUGGGGGAAAGAGAAAGAUGUAAAUAGUGAAUGAAGGAAGGGGACAAGGGAUCAGAAGGAAACCUAGGCUGUUUUUGGAUACAUCUUCUUUGAGAGAAUGCCUUUUAUAUACUUUCACAGUAUCAAAGCCUAGAGAGAGAAUGACUUUCCCUACGACUCAGUGUCCCAAUCCAGUAUAGCAGAUAACUUCAUUCAAAAAGGAUGAGCUUCAUUCAUCCUCCCGAAAGGAUGUCCUGGGGGCUCACGCGAGGGCCUUUCUCUCUCGUAUUGAGAGAGAUAAAGAUACCAAGCAUAUCAUUGUAACUUUUGUAUGUCCUCUUAUGGAUUUUCCACCCUCCCAAUAAUUCUGUGUGGGGGCUUUUGGGAAGAGGGUACCCCCAUGAAGAAGCCUGAAGGAGGAAGAGGAAGUCCCAAGGUGGAAACGGACUCUCAGAGUCAAGUUUCAAUUGAGAUCCUGGUCCAGAUGACAUUCUUCAAACUUGGAAAGCCAGAGAAAAUGCUGAUGAUGUGCAAAUAUGGGCUGCAGGAACAGAAUUGUAGAAAAAUACUCGUUAACUCAGAAAGGUCAUACUGCACUAGCAACCUACUCACAAAGGUAAGUCUCCCUCAAUCCCAGUUCAGGACAGCGGGUGACACAGGGCUGUCCGAUUCCUGGUGCUCAUUUUCUCUCUGGGCAGCCAUCCCAGUACAACAGAUACUUAAACAUAUUCUGUCCUCAUUUUAUCUAAUUACACAUGUCUCUGGGGGAUGGGAAACAGGUUUGAACCAUCCAAUUUUAGGUCACUUACGCACAGGGUAGCAGGGAUGAACACAAAUCUGUAGAGUUCUGUGAGAUUUAGGAAGUUCUCAUAGUUCUUCGGUCCCGAGCACACAGAGGGGAUAUUGUUUGUCGUCUCAGGGGCUGAAGAUCCUAGCGAGGGUCAGAGGAGAGAUGGAGGCUGCCUGGUUUGUGAGUCUGAAUUCUGAAACCUUUUUGAGACCUUGCUAGCUCUUUCUAUCCUUGGAGUAAUAGGAUGCUUGUUUUAUUAUUUUAUAAUCUGCUGCAUGAAGAGGACCCACUACCAUCAGUCCCCAUCCUGCGGGUCAUUUGUUCUCAUCCCUUACCCGCUUGGAAUGUGUUCAGUUUUCUAAGAAAUACAGAACAAAAGGUGCUCCCGCUCCUGACUGAUGGAACAGUCUUUCUUACCUGACGUCGCCCUGGGUGUGCUCCUCCUUUGCUACCCAGAGGAACUGGUCUGGAUGGUAUAAAAGCUCCACGGCAUCUCCACCUCUCUCUAAAACCCAGAACUGGCAGCCUUGGGCAGCCCGCUUUCCUGCCAUCUCACCUCCAGGCUUUCCUGUAGCUUUUCAAAUCCUUGGGAAGAAAAGCCUUUUGCUUUUCUUUUGCUUUCUGCUGCUGAUUUCAUUUUCUGACUCAGAGUUAAGCCGCCCCAAGGCCCUCAGAGCCUUGAGUUUGCACCUCCAGCCUAGGUUUCCUUCUGAUCCCUUGUCCCCUUCCUUCAUUCACUAUUUACAUCUUUCUCCUUUCCCCCAUGAAUUGCACCUUGAUCAAAAAGCACUGAAGAGGCACAAAGGAAGGAAAGAGUGUUCUGGCUUUGUCCCCUAGGAGGGCCAACUCAAUCUCAUGAAUAUGGGAGUGGGGCGAGGGAGGAAGGAAAAGGACAAAGCUUACAGGCAGCAGAGCCUGCAUUUGUGAGAGAAGCAGCGGCUCACGAGGUUCCACGUGGUGAAUAGCUGCACUAAGCGACCAUCCCAGGUCACCAGGGGUCCCUGACGAGAGACAGCAGUUCCUGUGGUUGGGAUGUCAGGGGAUGCUUCAGAGGGCAGCUGAGUUCAGAAGGACAGUGGGAUCUGGGUAGGCUCAGGAGGGUGAGGCUAGGGAACUUUAGGCAUGAAAGGGAAGUGAACAAAGAUGUGAGACGUUGGAGGGAUUCCUUCCGGGAUGUCCUUCGUGUUUGCGGGAAGGAAGGCCAGAUGGGAAGGUCUGCGUGGGGGAGAGCAUGCAGAUCUGUUUGACUGGUUGGGAGUAGGUGGGGGUGUCGGUGAUCAGAAGAGAGAAAUGGAAAAUCAGCCUGGGCCAGGUUGGUCUGAGCGGAGCCCCAUUUGGCAGUCAAGGCCUGGGGAGACUCAUACACCUCAGCAGCCAAAAGGGAGGCUCCAGGGGGAGGGUAGGUGGCCAUCCUGUGUCCUCCAGCAAGGGGGAUCGUCUCUCUCCCAUCCUCCCCUUCACUAUGGGGUAGAUUGGACCCCAUCCUUGGUUUCCUUUGUUAUGCAUUUUGGAUACUUUCCAGGGCACCUCCCAGAGCAGGUGGGGUAAGGGAGACACACUGAGGGACCCACACUGGUAUGAGCCAUCAAUCCUGUCAGCUACAGGGCAGCUCUGUCCACCUGCAAGGGUGGAUUUGCAAUGUUGGAUAGAGCCCGCCUGAGCGGUGGACCCAAAUGUCUUCUUCCCUUUCUGCACUUUAAUCCUCAUUCACUUCUUCUUCUUCUUUCUCCAUCUUCUUCUCCUUCUUUUUCAACAACAACAACCACCACCAAUAAAUGGUGUAAGUAAAAUAUACAAAUUCGAUCCAAGGAGCAAAAUGUAAAUGCCAGCCUGUGUAGCUUACAGUGUGGUGCCCUGAGGAUUAGUUUCAUGAUUCAAACAGGGGAGAGUGAGGCUGCAGGUCUCUAAGGCAGUGGGUUUCUUCCUGGGGGGAUCGGGGUGGUUUAUUCUGAUGGCGGUGCUGCCCUGUUCCCACUCAGGCACCCCUGCCACUGGUGCAGCUGUCUACCUGCAUGUGCUGGCCACUCCCUCCCAGAAAGGCCCUGAACCGAUUAAGCUAGCUCUCAUGGGGAGGCUGGGGGUUACACAAGUCCUUGGGGUUACAGAGAAUUCCUUGCAUGCUUUGUAAGCCUUGUACACUUGAAAGCUCAGACACUUCAUGGUGGGGAGCAGGAGGCUGGGGAGCAGUUGCUGUGUCACCCAUGGCUUGGGUGCAAGCUCUGGAGCCAGAGAGUUUGGGUUCAAGUCCAAGCCCUGUGACCUUUGGCAGGAUUCCUAACCUCUGUACCUGUUUCCUCAUCUGUAAAGUAGGACUAAUAGUUUCUGCCUUUAUAGGGUUGUUGGAAGAAUUACAAGUUAAUAUAUGAAAAGUGCUUUGAAGAGUUGGCACACAGUAUCCUUUUUUUUUUUGAGACAGAGUCUCACUCUGUCACCAGGUGCCAAGCUGGAGUGCAGUGGCACAAUCUUGGCUCACUGCAACCUCUGCCUCCUGGGUUCAAGCAAUUCUCCUGCCUCAGCCUCUCCUGAGUAGCUGGAACUUCAGGCGCACACCACCACGACCAGCUAAUUUUUGUAUUUUUAGUAGAGACGGGGUUUAACCAUGUUGGCCAGGAUGGUCUCGAUCUCUUGAUCUUGUGAUCCACCCGCCUCGGCCUCCCAAAGUGCUGGGAUUACAGGCUUGAGCCACUGCACCCGGCCACAGUAUCCUUUUUUUUUGAGAUAGGGUCUUGCUCUGUUGCCCAGGCUGGAAUGCAGUGGUGCAGUCAUGGCUCACUGCAGCCUUGACCUCCCAGGCUCAAGCAGUUUUCCCACCCCAGCUUCCCAAGUAGCUGGGACCACAGGCGUGCGCCACCAUGCCCAGUUAAUUUUUAUAUUUAUAGUGGUGAUAUGGUUUGGCUGUGACCUCACCUAAAUCUCAACUUGAAUUGUAUCUCCCAGAAUUCUCAGGUGUUGUGGGAGAGUCCCAGAGGGAGGUAACUGAAUCACAGGGGCUGAUCGUUCCUGUGCUAUUCUCAUGAUAGUGAAUAAGUCUCAUGAGAUCUGAUGGGUUUAUCAGGGGUUUCUGCUUCUGCUUCUUCGUUUUCUCUUGCUGCCACCAUGUGAGAAGUGCCUUUCACCUCCCACCAUGAUUCUGAGGCCUCCCCAGCCAUGUGGAACUGUAAGUCCAAAUAAACCUCUUUUUCUUCCUAGUCUCAGGUGUGUCUUUAUCAGUUGCAUGAAAACGGACUAAUAUAGUAAUUGGUACUGGUAGAGUGGGGCCUUGCUGAAAAGAUACCUGAAAAUGUGGAAGUGACUUUGGAACUGGGCAACAGGCAGAGAUUGGAACAGUUUGAAAGGCUCAGAAGAAGACAGGAAAAUGUGGGGAAGUUUGGAACUUCCUAAAGACUUGUUGAAUGACUUCGCCCAAAAUGCUGAUAGUGAUAUGGAUAAUAAAAUCCAGGCUGAGAUAGUCUCAGAUGGAGACGAGGAACUUGUUAGGAACUGGAGCAAAGGUGACUCUUGUUAAGUUUUAGCAAAGAGUCUGGCAGCAUUUUGCCCCUGCCCUAGAGAUUCAUGGAACUUUGAACUUGAGAGAGAUGACUUAGGUUAUCUGGUGGAAGAAAAUGUCUUUUUUUUUUUUAAGAUGGAGUUUCACUCUGUUGCCCAAGCUGGAGUGCAGUGGUGCGAUCUUGGCUCACCACAACCUCUGCUUCCUAGCUUCAAACGAUUCUCCUGCCUCAGCCUCCUGAGUAGCUAGGACUAUAGGAGGCUGAGGCAGGAGACAUGCGCCACCAUGCCUGGCUAAUAUUUUUGUAUUUUUAGUAGAGACAGGGUUUCACUAUAUUGGCCAGGCUGGUCUUGAACUUCUGAUUUCAUGAUCCGCCUGCCUUGGCCUCCCAAAGUGCUGGGAUUACAGGUGUGAGCCACUGUGCCCGCCCUGGUGGAAGAAAUUUCUAAGCAAAGCAUCCAAGAUGUGACUUCAGUGCCAUUAAAGGAAUUCAGUUUUGUAAGGGAAGCAGAGCAUAAAAGUUUGGAAAAUUUGCAGACUGACUAUAAGAUAGAAAAUAAAAACCCAUUUUCUGGGGAAAAAUUCAAGCUGCUGCAAAAAUUUGCAUAAGCAGCAAGAAGCCUAUUGUUAAUCCCCAAGACCCUGGGGAAAAUGUCUCCAGGCCAUGUCAGAGACCUUUAUGACAGCCCCUCCCAUCACAGGCCUGGAGGCCCAGGAGGAAAAAGAGGUUUCGUAGGGUGGGACCAGGGUCUCCAUGCUGUGUGCAGCCUAGGGACUUGGUGCUCUGUGUCCCAGAUGCUCCAGCUGUGGCUGAAAGGGGCCAACAUACAGCUCAGGCUGUGGCUGCAGAGAGUAGAAGCCCCAAGCCCUGGCAGCUUCCAUGUAGUGUUGAGCCUGUGGGUACACAGAAGUCAAAACUGAGGUUUGUGAACUUCUGCCUAGAUUUCAAAAGACGAAUGGAAACACCUGGAUGUCCCAGAAAAAGUUUGCUGCAGGGGUGGGGCUCUCAUGGAGAACCUCUACUAGGGCAGUGCAGAAGGGAAAUGUGGGGUUGGAGCCUCUACACAGAGUCCCUCCUGGGGCACUGCCUAGUGGAGCUGUGAGCAGAGGGCCACCAUCCUCCAGACCCCAGAAUGGUAGAUCCACCAACAGCUUGCACUGUGCACCUAGAAAAGCCACAGGCACUCAAUGCAAGCCUGUGAAAGCAGGCGGAAGGAGGCUGUACCCUGCAAAGCCACAGGGGUGGAGCUGCCGAAGACCAUGGGAGCCCACUUCUUGCAUCAGUGUGACCUGGAUGUGAGACCUGGAGUCAAAGGGGAUCAUUUUGGAGCUCUAAAAUUUGACUGCCCCACUGGAUUUCAAAUUUGCAUGGGCCCUGUAACCCCUUUGUUUUGGCCAAUUUCUCCCAUUUGGAAUGACAUAAUCCCACUGUAUCUAGGAAGUAACUAGCUUGCUUUUGAUUUUACAGGCUCAUAAGCAGAAGGGACUUGCCUUGUCUCAGAUGAGACUUUGGACUGUGGACUUUUGGGUUAAUGCUGAAAUGAGUUAAGACUUUGGGGGAUUUUUGGGAAGGCAUGAUUGGUUUUGAAAUGUAAGGACAUGAGAUUUGGAGAGGCCAGGGGCAGAAUGAUAUGGUUUGGCUGUAUCCCCACCUAAAUCUCAACUCGAAUUGUAUUUCCCAGAAUUCCCACAUGUUGUGGGAGGGACCCAGGGGGAGGUAAUUGAAUCAUGGGGCUAGUCUUGUGAUAGUGAAUAAGUCUCUCAAGAUCUGAUGGGUUUAUCCGGGGUUUCCGCUUCUGCUUGUUCCCCAUUUUCUCUUGUUGCCACCAUGUAAGAAGUGCCUUUGACCUCUCACCAUGAUUCUGAGGCCUCCCCAGCCAUGUGGAACUGUAAGUCCAAAUAAACCUCUUUCUCUUCCUAGUCUCAGGUAUGUCUUUAUCAGCAGUGUGAAAAUGGACUAAUACAAGUAGAGACAGGGUUUUGCCAUGUUGCCCAGGUUGAUCUUGGACUCCUGGCCUCAAGCCAUCUACCUGCCUCAACCUCCCAAAGUGCUGGGAUUAUAGGCAUGAGCCACUACGCCCAGCCUCAUUAUCCUUUUAAUGGAUGUUUGCAGUAACCCUGUAAAAUAAGUAGACAAGGUGAUAUUUUCCUCACUUUGGCGUCUUUAAGAAAAUGAAAUAAGUAGAAGUGCUGGUUUUCUUAGAAGAAAGAAGUUCUAGAAAUCUAUGGCAUUAUUAUUUUGAUCAAUUUAUUUUUUUUACUCUUAGAACAAAUGUGUAGAAGGGUCUUUAAGAAAGAUUGAUCUAUGGCAUGCUUUGUCCAGGAGCCCAGCUUAUUGUGUACUAGUGAAUUGGUGCUGAUAUUGGGUCCUUCUGAGAAAGAACAAGAAUUUCACAGAUGUGGAAACACAGCACACAGAGGCGAAGUGUCUCUGUAAGGUGACUGGACUCGGCCCACGAUUCCAUUCAUGGCUGCCUCCUCCAAGGGGAAGGAGACUACUUCUUGCCUAGAUAAGCUCUUCCCUUUCCACAACUGGAAGAGGGCUCGGAAGUCCUUUAGACCAAAGGUAUUGAGGAUUGGGAGUUUGUCCUCCAAGUUUGUCAGGGUGGUAGGAAACAGGCACCUUGCUCAUCCAUGACCCUCCUGUGCUGGUUGAUGUAUGUGUGAGUUCCCAGCACAUGCUUUUGGUAGGCAGGGAUCUGUGCUUGACAAGCUGACAUUCCAAACUCCAGAUCUCCCAAACACCGGGCCCCUAUGUUAUUUUUAACUGUCCAAAGUUUUUUCCACGUGGUGUAAUUGAUGGGACUCAAUAGCCGAGUCAGAGAAUCUAAACUUCAGUCUGUUUUGCAUCCCUUGAAUGGGCAUGGGUCUGAUAACCAAGCAGAAAAACACUCCGUUUUACGAAUAACCUGCUCUGAAUCUUCCUGCUCACCCUGCUCCCAACUCAUCUCUAGGGAAAAAAAACAAGCUCAAAGAUAACCUGAGUAUGUCUGUUUCUGUGGCUCCAUAUAGGAGUGGGGACGAUGGUUUCUGUCUGUGACCUUCUCUUCCCCACUGAGUUCUGAUAGUGAGGGACGAAGUCACAUUUUCAGGAGAUAACAAGAAGGGCAUUGAGGAGGUUGGCACUCUCUCUCUCUCCCAGCCCUCUUUUUCAGGCCCGCAUUCCUUAGGAGGUCAGUCACUUUCUCCUGGUCCUUCCUCUGGGGACAGUCCUGGAGAGAUGCUCUUAUUUGGGAGAGCCUGAGAUCUUGUGGCAUCCAGUGACCACCAUCUGUGUGACCGUCCAGAAGAUUUUCAGUGGCCGUGACCAGGAGAAAGUGCACCGUUUCACACUGGCCUGUCAUUUGCAUUGUGGAUUUUUCCAGUGUGUGUCUCACUUUUCUGCUUCAUCCAUGUCUCCCCAGACCAAAGUGCACUGGGCAUUUAUGCUGUGUUAGUUGAACACAUACAAUGUACCAGCUACUGUGGCCCUGGCUACAUAAUGGUGAGCCAAACCAACACAGAUCCUAUCUUUGUGAGCUUAUGGUCCUCUUGGGAAGACAGAUGUUAAUCAUAUAAUCACACAAAUAUAUAAGUAAAUGUGGGAUCUGCAUUAGGCUGAAAAGUUCAGUAAGAUAGAAGGGUGUAGGAGGGGGAUCUGUUCUGGUCUGGUGCACUGAGGGACAGUUUCCUUGAAGAGGAAACAUUUCAUCCCAGGCAGAGGGAAUGGCAUGUGCUCAGGUCCUGUGCGUGUUGGGGUAUCCACGGAAGGCCACUGUGGCUGCAGCCCUAGAGAGGGAUGAGAUCAUAAGAGAGGUCAGGAAAGGCCCAACUAUGCAGGGUUCUGAUGGAGAAUUUUGAGGAUUGCGUAUUUUAUCCUAAGAGCAGUGAGCAGCCGUGGAAGGAUUGAAGUUAGGAAAGUGACUUGAUCCAAUGCACUGUCUAAAAAUUUCCCCUGGACAUGGAGAGAUUUAGUGAUGGACCCAGGAAGGUCGGGAUGAACGGGUUUUGGGGAGGCUUGUCUGGGUGAAAUUAAAAAAAUUAAAAUGAGAUAGGCGCAUAGGCAGGAAGGAUAAGGGGUUAGCUGAAGAAGGCUUUGAUGAUGGCGCAUUCCCUUUAACUGCCUCUCUUCUUCCUGUCAUUCUGAUGGACACUCCCUGCUUGCUCCUGGGAAGUUUUCUAUGCUGUGGGUAGAUUGUUUUCCUCCCAAGUAGAGUUGAGCAGUUUGCCUCUCUCUGCUGUUCCUUUGGGUUUGUCCUCUGAGGACUACCUACAGGAGGGGCACCUGGGUGACUGAUGGAGAGGUAGAUUCCUGGGGCUUCCCGCUGGAGCCACUGAAUCAAAAUCCCUGGGGGUGAGGCCAUGCAAUCCGAUUCUCAUGCCCUGGAAAGUUUGAGCACCAUUGUUCUUCCGAGCUCUGCAUAUGCAACCACAAAGGUGAUGAUGCUUUAAAUGUGUGUAGGGUGGUUAUAAGGGGACCAAGUGCUUUGGAGACAAGGUGAUUUCCUUUAGGCCCCUCAAAAAUGCAAUUGAGGAGACUAGGGCUCUGGGAACUCGGGCAUCCUAGUUGAGACCAUUACCAUAUGAUGGAGUUGGUGAGAAGAGAGAGAUGUCUGACUCCUAAGCACUCUUUGCUCUUCUUCCUUCCUACCUCUUUUUCCAGUGUGCGAGGUUAAAAAGGCAUUGAAUCUUACGAUGUUCAGAGGUAGUUCCUUUAAAAAAAGAUCAGUACCUCUUUGAGGGUUCAAAAGAUCCAUAUCCAGUUAGUACAUGAAAGGGUGGAAUCAGGUGGGUUUAUUGCUGUUAUUAUCACUUCUUAUGGCCAGGUGUGGUGGCUCACACCUGUAAUCCCAGCAUGUAGGAGGCCGAGUCAGGCAUAUCGCCUGAGUCCAAGAGUUUAAGAUCAGUCUGGGCAACAAGGUGAAACCCUGUCUUCACAAAAAAUUACAAAAAAGUAGCCAGGCAUGGUGGCAAAUACCUGUGGCCCCAGCUACACGGGAGGCUGAAGUGGGAGGAACACUUGAGCCUGGGAGGUGGAGGUUGCAGUGAGCCAAGAUUGUGCCACUGCACUCCAGCCUGGGUGAUAGAGUGAGAACCUUUCUCAAAAAAACAAAACAAAACAUAAAGAAAACCAAACCAAACCAAAACAAAACAAAAUACAAUCCCCAAACCCAACUUAUUGUGGAAGAUAUCAAGCCUAUACGGCAGUAGAUAGAAUAGUAUAAAGAACCCCCAAGUAUCCAUCCGCCAACUGUAAUAGUCACAGGGGGUGGGGCAUCUCUUCAAUUAUUCAGACUUUGCCGCAUGAUUGAAUGAAACGCCGGAGAGGAGAAUGGGCAGAGGGAACAGAGAAGCCUUCAGAGUACCCCAGACAGCUAUUGGCCAGAGAGAGAAAGUUCUUUUGAACCCUCUGUUCCUCAACAGUUCGGCUCAUAGGAGAGCUAGUGCUUGGAAUAAUAGAUCUAGAAACCACCUUAGAGACCCUGGGGGGUCUUCUUCACUAUCUAGACACAACACCAGAGGCCUGGCAUGGCCUGGGAUAGUUCUCAGGCCUCACAGUUAAUAAGAAGUGGAGCCAGGCCUGGGAUCAGGUUCUCCAGUGCAACUCAUCUCCCUUACUCGUCAUAGAUGUGCUCAACAUUUUUUGCUCACAUUUUCCAGCAUUGAAUCUUACAAUGUUCAGAGGUAGUUCCUUUAAAAAACGAUCAGUACUUUUUGAGGACUCAAAAUAUCCAUAUCCAGUUAGUACAUGAAAGGGUGGAAUCCGGUGGGUUUAUUGCUGUUAUUAUCACUUCUUAUGGCCAGGUGUGGUGGUUCACACCUGUAGUCCCAGCACGUGGGAGGCUGAGUCAGGCAUAUCGCUUUGAGUUCAGGAGCUGUAGCGAAGCUGUAGGAGGCAGAACUCCUAUAAAAAACUGUUAUACCUGUAAUCCUAGUACUUUGGGAGGCUGAGGCAGGAGGAUUGUCCAGGAGUUUGGGAACAACCUGGUCAACACAGUGAGACCGUCUCUAUAAAAACUAUUUUAUUAAAAAUAAAAGCUGUCCUUUUAAAAUACCAGUAUUUGGGCACCUAGGCCUUUGUUUCCUCCUUGUAAGACCCUUGAGGUAGCCUGAAGAGUUCAUGGUUUGGCUAGAAAAGAACACACUUACAAAAUGAGUACUAGCGGGCCGGGCGCAGUGGCUAAUCCUAGCACUUCGGGAGGUCGAGUGGGGGCGGAUCAUGAGGUUAGGAGUUUGAGACUACCCUGACCAACAUGGUGACACCCUGUCUCUACUAAAAAUACAAAAAAAUUUAGCCAGGUUUGGUGCAUGCCUGUCUACAAUCCCAGCUACUCAGGAGGCUGAGGCAGGUGAAUCGUUAGAAGCCAGGAGGCAGAAGUUGCAGUGAGUUGAGAUCACGCCACUGCAAUUCAGCCUGGGCAACAAAGCAAAAUUCCCUCUCAAAAAAAAAAAAAAAAAAAAAGAAAAUGAACACCAGUGGAGGCAAGAUGGGCUACAUGCCCAAUCUCCCACCGCUUUGCCUUCCCUAAAAUUCUGGAGGCUCUAAGACGGCCUAUGACACAAUCAUGGUUGAGGCAAUGAGUGACAUGAAAUUUCGGGGAAAGAAGAAAUCAAUUUCACUGGCCAACUUUUUGAUGGAGACAGGGCUUAAGGGGGUCUUACUGCUGGCAGAGGUUAGAAAGCUGAUGAGAGGGGAUCCUUACCUCUGGGAAAGGGAAACCAAUCUCUCAGCACAGCACACCAACUAGAAAUUGUUUAGCACCUCCUAAAGUGGAAGGCUCUGUACUUCACACCGUGGAAUAUUAAGAAGUCAAGGCUACAAUUUCUAUUCUCCAGGAACUUUCUGUCUCUUUGAGGGACAAGACAUAUAUGGAAUGCUAAUAGAAGUUGAAAACUAUAAGACUUUAAGAUGGAAGUUGACUUUUCAGAUAAGCCCGAGGAGGAAUGCAGUGGAAACCAAGAGACGAAUCACAAAUCGGAACAUAGGAGCAAUAUUAAUGGCUUCGUGUCCGGUGUCUUCUGUGUGUGUGGCCACGUGCUGGCUGCUGCAAUAACUGCGUCAUUACACAGCAGCCCUUUAAAGUGAUGAUCGUUCUCGUUCUAGCUACCGUCGGGUGACCACUGAUACUUUGCUCAGCAAUCUGUGCCGUAUGCUUUACAUACACGAACUCAUUUAAUCACCCUAACGCCCCUAGGAGGCAGGUAGUAUUAACUUUUUUGCUCCAAGGAGUUUAAGCAACUUACCCAAGACUCCAUGGCUGGUAGCGAUGGAGCAGAGGUGGGGACCUGAGCCUGAGCAAUCCAAUAGGGUUGGGUUCAGAAAGGAGCAGUGAGUACACCAGCCAGGCCAUUGGGAGAGAGAAGUUGGACCAGUCAUGAAGGACCUGGUUAUAAAUACCUGGGUGAAAAGUUUGGCACUGAUCCUGCAGGUGCUGGGCAGUUACUUAAGGUCUGGCAGGCUGGAUGUUGAGGGUGAUGAAUUUGCAGAAUGGCUUGUGCGGGGAGGCUGUGGUGGGAACAUGGACUGAGGGGACCGUGGUCUAUGGAAGGGGUGGUGGUGGGAAUGUGCCUGGUGAAACCAAGUAAUGAAAACCCUCACAGUCCAUCAAACUAAAUUAAAAUCAAAUCAACAAACUGGCAAGCCCAUCUCAUACAAAGUGGAGGUAGAGCUUCCACAUCACUACCAGGGCAUUAGUGCUGCUUUUUUUUUAAAAUCUUUUUUUGAGACGAAGUGUCACUCUGUCACUCAGGCUGGAGUGCAGUGGUGUGAUCUCGGCUCACUGCAGCCUUUGCUUCCUGGGUUCAAGCAAUUAUCCUGUCUCAACCUCCCGAGUAGCUGGGACUACAGGUGCCUCCCACCACACCUGGCUAACUUUUGUAUUUUUAGUAGAGAUGGGGCUUCACCAUAUUGGCCAGGUUGGUCUUGAACUCCUGACCUUGUGAUCCAUCUGCCUUGGCCUCCUGAAGUUUUAGGAUUAUAGGCCUGAGCCACCAUGCCCAGCCUCUUUUUUAAAUUUUAAUUCUUUUUUGAGACUGAGCCUCGCUCUGUCACCUAGGCUGGCGUGCAGUGGUGCCAUCUCAGCUCACUGCAACCUCGGCCUUCUGGGCUCAAGUGAUUCUCCUGCCUCAGCCUUCUAAGUAGCUGGGAUUACAGGCACACACUACUACACCCAGAUAAAUUUUGUGAUUUUUGUAGAGACAGAGUUUCACCAUGUUGGCCAGGUUGGUCUCAAACUGCUGACCUCAAGUGAUCCGCCCACCUCGGCCUCCUAAAGUGCUGGGAUUACAGGCGUGAGCCACUGCUCCUGGCCUAGUGCUGCUGUCAGUCCAGUGGCAGGGACAUAAAGUGACAUCAGUCUGGGAGGCCUGUGAAACAGGCAUGUGCUGUGUGCGGAUGGCUCCUGACCUCCCUGUGCUUUCAGCCCUCAGCGAGGUCCUUGGUGCUCCAUCAUAAUCUCUUCUCAUCCUUUCCAUUUCUUCCUAUGGCAGAGAAUAGUCCAGUGUUUUUUCAUUUACCUGAAAACUAUUUCCAUCUCCCUGUUUUCAGCCUAUGAUUUCACCCCAGAUUUGUUGAAGAAAAUCGCAGCCACGAAGCAGAAACUUUGUGGUCGUCCCUGUUCUCUGCCUCAUCGUGGCAAGGCCACCUCUUUACCCUUCCUGGACCACCGUGUCUAAUAUUGUCCCCGCAUCACGCUCCCGUGGCUGGUUUUAUUUUCUUCACAGUGUACAUAAUAUCAGAGAUUCUCUCUAUGUAUUUGUUUCGCCACCUUUCUUUUGUUUACCUUUCCUCUUGGAAUGGAAGUUCCGCGAGAGCACAGACCUUGCCUGUCUUGAGCACUGCAGCGUCCAUAGUGUCCAGCAGAGUCAAUGCCUGGGACCCGGCAUGGGCUUAAAAAGAUAAGUGAAUGAGUGAUUCCCAUGGCUCCAGCCAGCACCCAUGACUCAACCUCCCUCUCUCCUCCUGACCGUUCUACUGCCUGGAUGUCCUCCCUCACACUUCCAUCCUGAAUGAGUCGAACUUCUUCCCUUAAAGCUGCUUAUUCUCCUUGGAGUUUACUGUCAUCUAAGCAAAAAUAUGAGGGUCAUCUUUGGUUCCUCCCUCCCCUCAUCCUGACUUACACUUGGUUCCCAGUCAUAUUGGCUUAACCUUGGAAUGUCUCUGGACUCUGUUCCUUCCUCUGUUCACCUCCCAUUCAGGCCACACUGUGGCUGUGGUGACACUGGCAGGAGCUUCCUUGUUGACUUCCCAGCCUGCAGUGCUUCUCCCCACCAGGCCACUUCCCACAGGAAAGGCAUUGCACAGUUCAGUUUCUUUAUACCUUUGAUGACUCCUACUGACUAUAGAAUGCAGGCAUCCAUCCAGCCUUCCAUUCCACCACCUCUUGGCAGACUCUGAGCUUGACUCACACCCUUCCAUGCACUUCCUACCUCCAAGCCUUUGCUUCUGUGACUUUCGCUGCCAGGACUUCGUCCCCGACCCCCAGGUCUCUACAUGAUGAUGCACUCUUUCAGUGUCUCUGCACACUUCAGGGCCCAAGCCUUCUUUCUAGGCAGAAAUAGCUGCCCCCAGUGCUUAAUUUCUGCCAGCAGAACAUUUGCACAGUGGCGCAGUGACUUCUGAUGGGCUGUGUCUAUGCCAGCCCCUCCCACCUGCCAGAACUCCUUGAGAGGAGGAAUUGAGUCUUAGCUGUUUCUGGUCUGCUGGGCACACAGUAGGUGGCUCAAUGCACGCUCAAAACAAAUGCACUGGAAAGCAACUUGUUUUCUUACCAGACCACUCUGUAUAUGUGUGCGGGCAGACAUACGUGCCCUUUUCUACACAUCAGUUUCUUUUUUGUUUUUUUUUUUUAGAAUUUCACAUUUCCCAAUGAAAGCAACAGGAUCAUGAAAUUAAUUUGUCACUCUGGUGCCAGCUUCACUCAGCUGACUCAUGGCCUCAGAAGGAGUUUUUAAACAUGUGUUUCUCAUCUAUGUGCUAAUUUCUCUUCCCUUUCUCAGUAAUCUUCUCUUCUCCUGAAACUUGUGGGUGGUAAUUGCCUUCAGGUCGGUGGCACCUGCAACUCCUCCUGAGUCCACUGAGCACACAGAUUCCAGCUUUGGGCCAGGGAAGUGAGGAGCUGGUCCUUGACUUGGGAAGGGCAAGAGAAAGUUAAAAUGAAAUGAGAUGUCUUUCUCUUUUGAAAUUCAUUAGAGCUUAUUUGUUUGCUUGUGAAAAGCCUGUAGGAAUAUUUAUAUAUAAAUGGAAUAAUAUAUCUUUAAGGGGGUUCUGUAAUUUUUCCUCCCUAAUGGUGAUAUAAAAAUAUUUCCAGGUGUCCUGGGAUUAAUUCAAUUCAACAAAUACUUAUUGCUUAAUUAAUCACACUAUUCUGGGUGCUAGACAUAGAGCAGUGAAUUAAUCACACUAUUCUGGGUGUUAGACAUAGAGCAGUGAACAAAUGGGUAAAAUCCUUGCCUGCAUAGAGCUUGCAUUCUAGUGGGGGCACCCAGAUGAUAAUGUAACUAAGUAAGGAAGUGAGAUGGUGAGAAGUUUAUGGGGGUAACUAAAGUGGGGAGUUGGGACCAGGAGUGUUGGGGAGAAGAGCUCCCUGAGCAGCAACAUUUGAGGGUCAUCUGGGAGAAGAGGAUUCAAGUCAGAGGGAACAGCAGGUGCAAAGGUCCAGAGGCGGAGGUGUAGGUGAUGAUUUGAAGGACAGCAACAGAGGUCUUGUGGCUGGAGCAGAGUGAGAGACAGGAGGAGGAAUAGGAGCACUUUGGCUUAUCCCUGGAGUUGGGUUUUGCAGCAUCACUCUGGCUGCUGAGUUGAGAGUAGAUGGAGGAGGCAGUGACUUGGACCACGUGGUAACAGCAAGGGUGGUGAGAGGUGGUUGGAUUUUGAGUACAUUUUGAAAGUAGAGAUGGGAUCAAGAAGGAGUUAACAGUAGGAUGUGACAACAAGAGAGGCAUCCAUCUGGCCUGAGCGAGCUGAAGAUGAAUGGUAGAUUGCUGUGAUGGGGAGGACUGUGAGGGCAGCAGGUGUGUGUGGGCUCCACUUUGCCUGGAAGGCUUGAGAUGCCAAUUCGACUUCCAAGUGGAAAUGCCCAAGAGCAGGUGCAUAGUUGAGAGCAUGCAGGGAGGUUAGGGGACUGUUCAGGGGGCCUCGCUGGGACCUGGAUGCAAACUGGUUGCUAUAAAGGCACAGGGAACUGACUCUGGUUGUCGGCCACUGAGCUCUAAUUUUUAAAGCACAUUGGGAUUCAAUUCAAGAAAUGUCUAUUAGCCCUAAUUAUAUAUGACGCAUUGUGCUAGGUGAUGAGGAUAUUUCAGAAGAGUAGUGCUGAAGCGGUUUGCCUUCUUGGAGCUUACAGUCUAUGGGUGAAAGCAUAUAAUACAUACAUUUUUGUUAGAACAAUGAUAAAUUCACAAAUAAUGUAGAACAGAGGCUAUAUUUUGAUGAAUGCAUUAAAGCCCUAUCACACCAUUUCCAUUAUUGUGAUAAAAAUUGCAGUUUUUCCAAAUUUAUUCAAUCUUUCUCUUUUCUCUUUCUUUCCUUCCUUCUUUCCUUCCCUCCUUUCCUCCCUCCCUCCCUCCCUCCUUUCGUCCCUCCUUUGGUGAUUUGGAAGUCCUUGUGCACCAAAUGUAGGCUUUAUGAGGAUUAGCCAAACAUGGCUAGAUGUUUUCCAUGACCAAGCAUUCAUAUAGGAGGUCCCUGGUUGUAUUAGCAAGGUAUAUAAGUUAUCCCUGGCAGGCAAGUUUUGCUUUUUAAAACUGCUACAAUCAUGUAUGCUAGUAAAAAAAUCCAAAUUCAUCCUCAAAAGUGGAUGAGAAACAUAUUCAACAUAUUGAGAGAGAAUAUACACAACUUAAGGAGAGCUACGGGGGUUUGAACUAGCGGUGAGUACAUAUAACACUGAGCAAAUGAGUUAAAUAAGGCAAUUAUUAAUUCUAGGAAUACAAGUUAUCCAGUGGAGGAAAUGUAACUAGAGAAUACUACAUGUCACAGUUCUGAAUAGAGUUUACAUAAUCAUAGUAAUAAAAAGAAUAAUUGCUGAGAAAUAAAAAUAUAUAUUCACCAGUACACGCACAGAGUGAGCGAGAAAGGGAGGGAGGAAGGAGACAGAUAGAUGAUAGAUAGUAUGCAGGCAGGCAGACAGAUGGAGAAUAGGGGGAUGGAGAGAAAGGUUGAGUGUGUGUGUGUGUGUGUGUGUGUGUGUGUGUGUGUAGUGAGAACAGAUAAAAAAGCACAGCCUACAAAAGGGUAAAUCCAUUCCUUCCUACCUGGGGAAGCCUAAAACUGAAAAAUCAAGAAACAACAGUUAAAAACAUGUUAUUUAGAGAUAUGCAGGUAAAGAUCACAAUCUUCAGUUAAAAGAAUUAAGCUGCAGUGGACCACGAUUUUGUAUAACAAGCCUUAUAACAGGAAAUUUAAGAUGUUAACAAAGGGCCAGGUGUGGUGGCUCAUGCCUAUAAUCCCAGCACUUUGGGAGGCUGAGGUGGGAGGAUCACUUGAGCAUGGGAGUUCAAGACCAGCCUGGGCAACACAGUGAGACGUUGCCUCUACAAAAAAUAAAAUGAAACUAGCCAGGCAUGGUGGUCUGUGCCUGUAGUCCUAGCUACUUGGGAGGUUGAGGUGGGAGGAUCACUUGAGCCUGGGAGGUGGACGUUGUAGUGAGCUAUGAUGGUGCCACUGCACUCUAGCCUGGGCAGCAGGGUGAGACUCUGUCUCAAAAACAAAAACAAAAGAUGUUAAUAAAAAUAAAAGUGAUAUUCAAGCAAAUGAAAAAAAAAUGUGGGGGAGAACUUUGGUCAACAUUACAGCAAAGCUUGUACAAAUUCUGAAUUUGGUCCCAGGUGGGCCUGGCACAGUGAGGUCAGGGUGCCCUUUCCUUUGCUGCUGUUUACUUACAUGGUGGGGCUUAUACCAUUUCUGGUUUAUUUGUCUGUGAAAUGAGGAACUGGAUUGGGGUGAGUAGUUGGGUGGUAUUCUAGCUCUUGGCACUAGUUUAUGUCUUUCAGGUUUAAAUGACCUGGGACUAGAUCCCAGGUGAUUCAGGGAUGUCUUGGAGAAUACACCCUGGCCCUAAAUCUGGGAGGGUUGGGGAGAUGACAUUGAUAGUGGCUCCUUUACUAGCAUGAAAACGAUGUGAAGGUGGCAAUUUAGUCUUGUGGACUGCUGGGUCCCCAGCAUCUGGCUCAGUAUUUGAUGGGGGAAUGAGUGAACUGUGCCCCUCACACCCAGGAGUCAAGCUGUUCUACCUAUAGCAAACAGCUGGCUUUGAGCGGAGGUGUGUGGGAGCAUUGCUAAGGCCCAUCCCCUCUGUCCCCUGGGCCAGGGUGAAGUCAAAGAGGGAUGGCCUGGGCACUGGAAUGUACAAACAGACAUGACACGUGAUUCCAGAAGGUUGGGGGAAAUGGUGUGGGGGUGGGAGGAAGCUACAGAGAACAAGUGAAGUUAAAUUGUGAUAGUCAAAGAGGAGAGGAAGCCAAGGGUGGUGGAAAUCCCAGGUAGAAAGGCUGCCGGCUGGGAGCUUAGCUUAGCUUUGGGGAAAUGUUGCUUCCCUGCUGGCCUUGAAAAGAGUUCCUCUUUUACUGUAUAGUAUGGAAAAUUGCAAACUUAUGCAGUGUCAUGAACCCUCUUAUACCCAUUCACCCAAAUUGCUCCCACAAAUUGGAACUCAGAGCCAGUUUUGUCUCACUUAAAGCCUGCUCCUACUCACUUGCAUUAGGGAUUAUUUUGAAAUAAAUCUCAGAUAUCAUUUUGUCUAAAUAUUUCAGUAUGUAUCUGUAAAAAAUAAAGAUUCUUUCUAGAAAUCUUGUCACAAUCUUAUUUGAGUUAACAAUGAUUCCACAGUAUUAUUAAAUAUCCAGUUACUGUUGAAAUAUAUCUGUGUGUAUAUGUACGUGUGUGCAUAUAGACAUACAUAUACUCCCAUACAUGGUAUCGUUUAGCAGUAUUUUAAAAAUGCCUUUCUUUUUAUAGAAAUGACAUAUAUUUGUUACUAAAAAUUCAAGCAACACAUAAAAUAAAAAGAUGAGAGCAAAAGUAUCACCCCAAAUCCACUGGGCGAACAUAAUUUCAGAUACCUCUCCACACAUAUGUCCACACAGAACAAAUAGAAGAUGAAUAUGAAUGCUGUCAGAAACACUUUGCUUGUUCAAAAGGAAUCUCUGAGUCUUUUAGACCUGAAAGGGCUCCUAAGGCUUGUUAGCUUUUGCAUAAGACAGGGCUAGACUGUAAACUCCUGGGGGGAAGGACCAUGCCUUAGUUGUGUUUAUACAUUCUUCCACCCCCUAUCUUAGUGCCUGGCACUCAGGCGGCCCAUCAGUAACUGUGGUUUGAAUUGAAGGGGUCCCUUGUGGGGGGGAACCCCACAAGGGUCAUCGCAAGGGUCUGAAGACUUAGCCUGUUCCCAUAUAAAUACUGAUUUAGAAAAGAAUUAGUGCCAGGCGUGGUGGCUCAUGCCUGUAAUCCCAGCACUUUGGGAGGCUGAGGCAGGUGAAUCACCUGAGGUCGGGAGUUUGAGAGCAGUCUGACCAACAUGGUGAAACCCUGUCUCUAUUUUUAUAAAAAAAUAAAAAAAAUAAAAAAAAAAUAAAAAUAAAAAAAAGGAAAAAGAAAAAAAAAAAAGAAUUAGAAAUGUAGGCACAUAGUUAUUCCUUUAUAUAAUCAUAUAUAAUCUUUUACUCACUUAUAAUCAUAAAGAUAUAUACUCAAUAUAACCUUUAAUUUUACUAAUGACUUUUGGGUUAUGAAGCAUGGAACUGAGGUGACACUGUGAACAAAGUGAUCCUAAGGCAAGAUGCUUUAAGCCCUCUGUCACGUCCGCAUAAGGGCUGCUGGAAGGUGCCUCGGCUGCGCGGCAGUGCCGGUGCUGUGAAAGCGCCUGCUGUUUAGCCAGCUAGGGAAGGAGACAUCCAAAAUGACCGAAACAUCUCCUUCCUGGGGAAGUUAGGAGAAAACUGCUUUUCUAAGCUCUUGUGGCAAGGCCUGCUGGCUGUCAGGUAGGCCCGUAGACAUCUGGGGGCUUAACUGUCUCUGUGUGAUGCUGUGCUUCAGUGGUCACGUUCCAUGUACACUCUCACGCCCUGCUUCUGCACCUGGUUUCUCUUUUUUCUUAAAAGAUAAGAAUAAUAGUAACAUAAUCUUAGUGUCCUUGAUAUUUCUGACAAACAUGUGAAGAGCGCCGACGCAUUAGCUUUUCUCCUUGCCUCGGCUAUUUGAAAGGCUUGGCCCCCUGUCUUCAAGAAAUGUGAUUUCUAUCACUGACCACCAUUACCUCACCCUACCUUCCCUGCCCACUGCUUUGUACUCAAUAAAAGUCAGAGUGUCCAGGCACUCGGGGCCACCGCAGGUCUCCGCGCUUUGGUUGGCCGUGGACCCCCAAGCCCAAACUCUCUUUUCUCUAUCUCUGUGUCUGUGUCUUUCAUUUCUACAGUUUCUCGUCUUUGUACCAGCAGGGAGGGGCUCACAGAACUCUAUGGGGCUGGACCCUCUAGUCCCUAAGACAUCAUUCAAUCAUCUGAUGGAAUAGGAUGCCCUACGAGCUGAAAUCACUUGUCAAGAUCCCACAGCUACUCAGGGUGCCUGUGGGGCUGGAGGCUGUUCUCCUGAGUCCUAUUUCCAAGCUCUUUCUGCAGCCCAUGGAAUUUAGCCAUGUAGUAGAGUUGGUAAGUGCACAAGCUUGGAGUGAGACACACCUGGGUUUGUGGUUUUUUUUUUUGAGACUGAGUCUCAUUCUGUCACCCAGGCUGGAGUGCGAUGGUGCGAUCUCAGCUCACUGCAAUCUCUGCCUCCCCAGCUCAAGCAAUCCUUCCACCUCAGCCUCCUGAGUAGCUGGGACAAUAGGUGUGUGCCACCACACCUGGCUAAUUUGUUUUGUAUUUUUGGUAGAGAUGGGGUUUUACCAUGUUACCCAGGCUAGUCUUGAAUUCCUGUCCUCUAGUGAUCUGCCUGGCUGGACCUCUCAAAGUGCUAGGAUUAUAGGCAUGAGCCACCUUGCCCAGCCUACACCUGGGUUUGAUUUUGCUCUGAACCUUUUCUAUGACUUACCAGCUAUGUGGCUUUUCUUACCCACAUAAUUUCCUUAUCCUUGCGACAAGAGAUGUUGCAAGGAGUAGAUGAGAUCGUGCGUAAAGCACUCAGUGCAGGCCGGGCGUGGGGGCUCACACCUGUAAUCCCAGCACUUUGGGAGGCCAAGACGAGUGGAUCAUGAGGUCAAGAGAUCAUGACCAUUCUGGCCAACAUGGUAAAACCCCGUCUCUACCAAAAAUAUAAACAAAUUAUCCGGAUGUGGUGGUGCACGCCUGUAGUCCCAGCUAUUCGGGAGGCUGGGGCAGGAGAAUCGCUCGAACCUGGGAGGUGGAGGUUGUGGUGAGCCAAAAUUGCACCACUGCACUCCAGCCUGGGGACAGAGCAAGACUCCAUCUCAAAAAAACAAACAACAACAACAACAAACAAACCAGAAUUCAUUGCAUACUUCCUAGCAUGUACUAUGUGCCAAAUAAAUGUUAAUUGUAGUCAUUAUUAUUUGUGGUAAUAGCAGCAGCAGUAGUAAUAGUACCAUUAUUUUCUUAUUCUUUGGGGCUUAUCAGUUGAAGCUUAGAGGAAGUUCAAACCCUCCCUCCUCUACCAGUUCCCAGUUGCAGAUGGAACCAUGUUUAAACUUUUGCUUUUUAAGUAAGUUUUUAAUAAGAAGUUUAUAACUUUUGCUUUUUCCUACUAUUGGGAAGAAAAGGUGAUUUUAUGUGGGAAUUCUUGUCCCCCAUAAAAUUAUUUUUCCUCAGUCAGAAGCUGAUUGCGUCAGCUUCUGAUUGGCCGUUCACAUUUGGUGGUCAAAGUUUGCGUGUCUUCUCUCCAUACAUGGUUUAGAGGUGCUGCCUUAACAAGAGCUUAGCAAAUAGUUAUUCUAAGCUCUUCAAACAGAAACUCUGAGCAAAGGGCUGGGUGCAAGACGUCUGGCCUUCCUGGUCGCCCCUUCAGUCUGCUGAUUCAGCAGCUCUUCUAGGUGCCUCCUCCAGGCCCUUGGUCGGUCAGGUCACUAAUGGAAUCUGCUGGAGGCAAAUUUACUCAUGAAGAAAGGGCCAACAAAUCACUCCAGCUCUUGGUGUCUGCCCCUGGAUGGCUGGCACUUCCCAGUAAACUCCCAAGUCCUCGGCGCACAUUUCACACCUCCCCUGGGGAGGCCCGCCUCCUCUUGUAUGGUUACUGAGGGGCACAGGGGCUGCCCCUAACCUCAGCCCCUCUGCACAGAGCUAUGGCCUGCACAGGUGAAAAGGCCAUCUGUGUGUUGCUGCUGUGUCCUCCUGUGCCUCAUGCGUUAUUCAUACUUCUGGAUUUGGGUUGGCUUAACCACUUACUCUAGUCGGGGCUAGGAAAAGGAGGGCAGAUGGAGGAGGAAACAGCUAUGCUCUUAACCCAGGGCAUGGGCUCUUCUUCUCUGAUUAAACAUGUGCUCUUUUCAAAAUAUUAUCUCCUGUGGGUGGGAUCCAUGCUCCAGCGGGUCUGUCUAGCCUCCAUGCAUUCCUGGAAUGCGGUUUCCCUCCCUAGAUCGGGUUUGGGGGACCUUCACAGAGCAGGCUGGGCAAUAGCUUAUUUCCAGAAGUGCCAGCACCCCACUUCCUCUUCCUUUUCCCCCCAACCCCUCUCACCUCCCCAAAGGUUCAGGGGAAGGUGUGAGAGGAAAGUGCUUCAAAGUCCAUGGAGGCAAGACACAGCAAAACACAGGGAAGUGCCACGGAAUGCCAGCGCCAGGAGGCAAAGGGACAGCUAAAAGGUAGGGGGCCCAGCUGCUGGGGGCUGCCUGCCCUGCCGGGCCUGUAUACUUGGUGCCUCAUGGAUCCCUGAGUAAAUUGACAGUGUUCUGGCUGGGAGUCCUGCUGGCUGUAAUAUGGAUCUUCAGAGAGGGGGAAAGAUGUCCUCCUUCUGUUUUAGAGGAGAAAGAUCCAGGGGGAAGGAUUUUGUGGGACUGGGGAACCCACCACAGCACCCUGUGAUACUCUCGGAAGAGGAGAGUUAGAGUAGUGGAAUUAAGGUGGGGCUGUGACUGAUAACGUGUCUAGGGUGGAAAGAACAAUGGACAUCCUCAUCCUCCUUCUGUGGUUGGAGUAAGUCCAAAGAAGUUGUGCCCUGCCCAAAGCUAUUGCAUGAGACAGCUCUGUGAAAGCCCAAAGCACAGGCCAGGCCACAGAAGUGUUUAAUGAGGCCACAGUCACUAAACCCUUGUUUCUUUCUUUCUUUACAAUUCACCCAGCUUCUUGGUAAGCCGUUGUUGGUCUAGAUUCUACAACCUGUUUCCUGACAUUUCCAGCCCACUAAUAAAAUUUGUAUCAGAGUACAGGGAUUAUGAUGUGUGGCUCUGCUGAUUGCUCAUGCCUCAAGCCGUUAAAAGCCCCAGAGGUUUGAGGUCCCAGCUAACAGUACCUUGAUGCUAACCUUUCUCCUGUCCUGGUAAGCCAGGGUUGGAAGGGUUGCUUUGGAUGGAACGUACAUAUGGGUUACAUACUGGCCCAGUAGGAUCCUUUGCCUCCUGCACCAUCCCCUGGGCCAGUGAGACUCUGAGGUUGGCUUGGUUAAAAAGUUCCCUAUAAAACUAAGCUGCAUAGAAGCCGGCUAAGGCCAUGGAGAGAACUCCAGGCUGGAAUGGAGAAGGCAUGGCAAGGUGUUCUAGGUCUCCCACCAGGUGGCUGAACCUUCUAGACACAUUCUAGGAAGGUCUUUACAGACCAAUAUCUCUGGAAUACAUUUCAAUGCACUAAACAGGCCGAUGCUUCUUCUACAGACCAUGCUGCCAUGGGCAGAUCACCACUCUGUGCCUCAGUUACGUUUUUUAUAAAUUGGAGCCACUUGUAAUGGCCUACUAUCUCCCCAGGAAUACAGAUGAGAUGGCACAUGUGAAAUUUCUUUUGAAAAGAAGGUAUAGCAUGGGCUCCAUUCCUAGUUCCCUCAUUCCUACUGAUUUUUAAAAAUUGUCAGCACAGUGGCUCACGCUUGUAAUCCCAGUGCUUUGGGAGGCCAAAGCAGGUGGAUCACGAGAUGAAGAGAUCGAGACCAUCCUGGCCAACAUGGUGAAACCUCAUCUCUAUUAAAAAUACAAAAAUCAACUGGGCGUGGUGGCACGUGCCUGUAGUCCCAGCUAUUCAGGAUGCUGAGGCAGGAGAAUUGCUUUAACCUGGGAGGCAGAGGUUGCAGUGAGCCGAGAUUGUGCUACUCCACUCCAGCCUAGUGACAGAGUAAGAUUCCAUCUCAAAAAAAAAAACAAACACCAAAAUUGUCAUGGUCAAUAAGCCAUUUGAGGUUUCAUUUCGUUCGUCUCACAGAUAAAAAUGUAGACAGGUAAGUGUAGGUCAUCCCUGCUUAGUAAAUAGGCGUGAUCAUCACGGGGCCAUUCAGUGACAGAGCUGCAAAAGCUGAGCCCUAGGCCUCUCAGUUUGGUGUAUCCACCCCUCCUGCCUGUUACUGUUUCAUAUUCCAUAUCAAAGUCUCACUCUUUAUUUCAAGUCCUAUGUAGUCUGGGCUCUGAUCAUUCAGGGACUGCACAAGUCUUAUUAAUAUUAAAGGUGAGGGUUUUCUUAGCCUACUUCCCUUCAUUUCUAAAUUAGUCUGGGAAAGGAGAGGGCAAAAGUAGAAUCGGAAGUAUAACUAUGCCCCAAAAGGAAUGCAUUCUGGUUUGUUGCAAAUUUGGGCUCCCUCUGGUGACUUUAAGGAUUGUGCUGAAUGAAGUGUGGGCAGUAAGUAACUGAUUAUCUGCAGAACUUCUGUGAUGGUUAGAGGGUUUUGAUUUCAGGGCCAGGCUGAAAUUGACCAAUCAUCCUGCUGCCUAGCUCUGGCAAACACUAGGCCUUCAAGAGACCCAGGAUGUACAUUUUCCCUCCUUUCAGAUUCCAAGUCACUGAUUUGCUGAUGACAACUAUAGCUAUAUUCAUGAGAAAAACAGCUGUAAGUUAACAAUUCUGUAAAAUUGGAUUUUCUUAUCAGCUUAUCACUUCAACCUGUUUUUAUUUUUUUUCUAAUUGCUUUAUGACUGGAAAGGGGCCUUUGAGGUCAGGUCCCCAGUUCCUGAGCUUCUAACUGAAAUAUUCUGUAAACAUAUACUUAAAUGACUGAAGAAGUUGAUGGCCCAUGAAAAGUUCAUUCUUUAAGAGAAGAAAAGUUUUUUUUUUUUGACACAGGGUUUCACUCUACCACCCCGGCUGGAGUAGCGUGCAGUGGUGUGAUCUUGGCUUACCAUAACCUCUGCCUCCUGGGUUCAAGUGAUUCUCCUUCCUCAGCCUCCAGAGUAGCUGGAACUACAGCACUUGCUACCUUGCCUGGUUAAUUUUUGUAUUUUUUUCUUUUUGGAGAUGGAGUCUUGCUCUGUUGCUCGGCUAGAGUACAGUGGAGUGAUCUUGGCUCACAGGAACCUUUGCCUCCCAGGUUCAAACGAUACUCCUGCCUCAGCCUCCCGAAUAGCUGGGACUACAGGUGAGUGCCACAACAACCCAGCUGAUUUUUGUAUUUUUAGUAGAGACGGGGUUUCACCAUGUUGGCCAGGAUGGUCUCAAUCUCUUGACCUUGUAAUCCACCUGGCUUGCCCUCCCAAAGUGCUGAGAUUACCGGCAUGAGCCACUGUGCCUGGCCAAAAAGAUGAUUUUAAUAACUGAAGAGCUUCCGGUUUAUUGGUUGGUUUUGUGAGUUUGUGUGUCCUAGCCUGUCUGGUGUUUCUCAAGUCAUCCUUAAAGAAGUCAAGUUAAGGAGCCUGAGUGGCUUCCUGUGUCUUGGAGGUUUGUAUGACAGUGUCCUGCCAAAUGCAGUUUCAACCUUUUCUUCUGGUAGGUGGGUUUGAAGAUAUUGUCCUUUCUUGGUAUGGUACAUUGUAGAUGGUGACCUGAGGGUUGACAGUACUUCAGUUAAAGUGUGAAAUUUUUUUUGUGUGUAAAAAAGGCAGCAGGCUGGGUGCAGUGGCUCGUGCCUGUUAUCCCAGCACUUUGGGAGGCUGAGGUGGGCAGAUCAUGAGGUCAGGAGUUCAAGACCAGCCUCGCCAACAUGGUGAAACCCCGUUUCUACUAAAAAUACAAAAAUUAGGCGAGCAUGGUGGUACAUGCCUGUAGUCCCAGCUACUCAGAAGGCUGAAGCAGGAGAAGCGCUUGAACCUGGGAGGCGGAGGUUGUGGUGAGCCAAGAUCGCACCAUUGCACUCCAGCCUGGGCAACGAGAGCAAGAUUCUGUCUUAAAAAUAAUAAUAAUAAAGAAAGGCAGCAAGCUAUUUCUAAAAUCCACUGGUUUACUUUGUGCAGGCAUGGGGACAAAAUACCACACCUGGGGAAAAAUAGAUGAUCUUAGAGUAACUUUUUCAUUUUGUGAUUUGAAACAUUCAAAAGGCAACAUGCUAGCUGUUCUGAAGGUAGUGAGUUAUCCCGAUGGAUUGUUCAGUCAGUUACAGAUUGAACUCCUUGUUCUUUCUUUCCCCCUUUCUCACUGUUGCACUUGACUAGUCUUAAAAAAAAAAAGCAACAUGCUGAUUGUAAACAAUGCACAGUACAGAAGAACAUAAAACAAGAAAAAGAAAAAAAGAGGUUUCCUUCCUCUGCCCAUUCUGUUCCCCAAAGCUAAGGAGUUUUUGUAAAUCCUUCCAGAAUUUUCUAUGCCUAGGCAAGCAUGGAUAUAUAUAUAUAUGCACCUAUAUCUACAUAUAGAUACAUACGUAUCUCUAUAUAUGCAAGGCUAUUGCAGAAUAGCUGUUGGUAGUUUAAUUUCAAAAAAUCAGUUUUAGGGGAAUUUUCCUUAUUUUUUGACCAUUGGUAAAUUGAGAGAAAUCCUAUUCAGAUUCUUUAGGAAAGUCCUUUCUAUAAACACUGAAAUGUCUCCAAUAAGCCCAUAACAUUGCAUGUGGCAUGGGCUCUGUUUAGUGGCCCAAACAGUAUGUAGUGUGUGGCAAGAAAGUUACUCUAAAUGUUAAAAUGCAGGCUAAAAACAUUCCAUGUAGAAAUAAGCGUGUAAGACAAUCAACACUGACCAUGUGAGUGGGGAAAAAAUAGUGGGUUUGACCAGUGACAUACAAGUUUUUCAGGAAUCUCAGAGCAAAAAUUAAAGGUCGAAUAAAUGUGUAAUGUGAGACUGUGUGACGUUUAUUGGCAAUCAUGGUGACAGGCUGUGAUCACAGAGUGGGAGCCGUAAAAGUUCUGGGUUGGUCCUCCUAAGAUGGAAAGCAGGGCAGUGCCUCUGUUUACACACACCGAUCCCACCCCCUCCCCAUUUUAGGAAAGGGGAUGUGUGUGUGUUGGGGCGAGUUACCAAAACAGACUCAGUGUGGCAAAUUGCAUCCAGAUUUCAAUUUUUCCUCCUUCCACAGACUCCCAUAGGUUGUUGUGCUAAAGAAGCAUUUCUGAGCACAAAUCUGGUUGUUGUAACUCUUUCUCUGGUGCCUGGCUUGGUGCACACAGCUGUACUCAGGCUUCCAACCUUGUUUCACUCUGUGGCCUCCUGGGGGAUGGAGCAGUGGGAGCCUUGAGGAGCACACCCAAGAGCAGCAGCUUCUGCGCCACGUCUCCCUGCCCAGCUUCCGUAGGUUCAUUCUUCUCCUGCAACUUGACUCUCUCUGGAGAACCAGAACUGGGGCUGAAAGCCCGGUGCUCCACUUUCUCUUCUUCAACUUCCUGCCUUCCCUUCAACUACCUGCGGCACCUCUCAGCUUCCGCGUCUCCAAAAGGGAUAAUGUUCUUGAAAGUGUCUUUUGAGGAUUAAUUGAUGUGAGCUCUAUGCUUUGAAGAGAGGCAGAAUCCUAUCAAGUGGCUCUGCUGUCCUCAAAGUUUGCUCUGGUUCCAGCCGGUGGCAGGCCUGGCCAAUUGGGAGGCUGGGCGAGCUGUCACCCCCACUGGCCGCCUGUCUGGGCAUAUCGGUUGCCUGCUCAGUACCUGGUAGAAGGGCGAUUACCCACAUGGGGAGGAAGAGAUCCUCCAGUGGACAUUUUGUACAUUGUACAUUUUUCACUUGGAGGAGUAUCUGCAUCAAAAUACUUAUCCCUCGGGAAGUUACUUUGUGGCCAUCUGUGACGUUUUCUCAUUUGGAAAUUGUUCUUUUCUGUCUUUAAAAAAAAAAGCUUUAUCCGUAUAGGAGCAAGAGGAGUUAUAAUCUGCCACCUCUCAAAGAAGUCCCUUUGCCAGGCCAUUCAUAUGUUAAUUGCUUGUCGUUUGGGGAGGAAAAGGAUGUUACCUGCUUCAUGAUAAGCAUUUUCAUCUCAAUGAAUUCUUUGUUCGAGUUGUUUAAUCAAAGAAAUGGAAACGGCAACCUACUUACUGGAAAGAUCCAGAUAGUGCAGUGUGAGUUAAGGACCUGAGGGCUCUAUGGAGAAGAUGGAUAAGAACAAGAAAAAAAAAAAAGGCUUGUUUUAAGGUCAGAGCAAACAGGGAUUAAGAAAAAUAUUAGUCAAAGACAUUCUUAGGCUGGAAGGCAAAGUCAGCCAAGCACACUGGGGUCCUUUACAAAGUCCUGGGAUGGGCUGAUGAGGGACUGAGGACCUAAUUCCGAUCUCACCAAUGGGACAUUCAAAGGAGAACCUUCAUUUCCUGGCAUUCUGUAGCACCUGAUCCUCCUAAAGUCUCUCAAGCACUUAGGAACUUGUUUCUCAGCACAGGUCUUUAGAGACCAUUGCUCCCCUCUUCUAAGUUACAUUCCUGGCUUCUUGAAAAGUUGAAAGAUCUGGCAACCCUGAAUCUUCAUUCCACCAAGACAACCAUCAGCAGCUGCUGCCCUUUUAGAAGGGGCAGCGGGACUGAUACUUUCUGGUUCUCCAACUGGGGCAAAUGUUGACUUCUCACCUGCCUGGGAAGUUAAUGAGAAGAAAGAGUGUUAAUCUAGAAACGCAUGCAUGAGUUCACAUGUGUACAUACAUGCACACACACACAUGCACACACACACACACAUGCACACACACCCCCCACCAGUAUUUAGGUCCAGGGGAGAUUAGCCUUAUUGAGAGGUCACCCCUCAGCAGCUUCAGGGUGUAUAAUCUGAACCACAGAUUUGAGAAGAGUUAAUCUUGGGGUGAGGUGAGGAGAAUCAGAUUGUCGGCACACAAUAAAAGAGCUGUUUGUGACCUAUGUGUGGAGUGAGGUGUCUCUGGCAUGCGCAAGGCAUUGGGGCAGCCACAUGGAUGAGUGCAGUGACUGAACAGAGCAGGGGCGGGGACAUCUGGGAGCUGGAUAAAUAUUGUCUAAUGAUUGCCAGCCCUGGAUUUGCUGAUGAACUCACAUGGAGAUCUGGGGGAUCUCUAAUUUCUCUUUGCCUUUUCUCAGUUUGCUCAUCAGCAAAAUGGAGGCACUGCAGUGGGCGUGGCAAGCUCAAAUGCCCACAGGGGCUAGUCAGGCUUUGUAAGCUGGUAGGAGAAGAAUAGGGAGUUGGUGGGAGGUGCGGGUUGGGGACUGUAGUCAACUGGGAAGUUUAUGCACUUCCAGGGAGGAGGUUCACAUUCAAUGCUUGCUGCGUGGGAAGGUGAGCCCAGUGUUCCCCCGGCUCCUAUUUUUCUGAGAGAAGUUUGAAAUUUGCAUUUUGAUAUGAACUCUAAUGACUUUAAACCUAGCUAGUUUUUUUUUAGAUGGAGUUUUGCUCUCUUGCCCAGGCUGGAGGGCAGUGGAAUGACCUUGGCUCACCGCAACCUUGGCUUCCUGGGUUCAAGUGAUUUUCUGUCUCAGCCUUUUAAGUAGCUGGGAUUACAGGUGUGUGCCACCAUGCCUGGCUAAUUUUGUAUUUUUUUAGUAGAGACAUGGUUUCACCAUGUUGGCCAGGCUGGUCUCAAACUCCUGACCUCAGGUGAUCCAGCUGCCUUGGCCUCCCAAAGUACUGGGAUUUCGGGCAUGCACCACAUGCCUGGCCUAAACCUAGCUAAUUCAGUUUUCGAAAAGCAUAGUGCAUACCCAGAAAGCAAUCCCAGGGGUUGUAUUUGGCUCAUAGCCCCAGGUUUAUGAGCCCUAGGUUUACCCCAACUUCUGGGAUAAAGGCUACCCUGCCUAGCUCCUGACUGCAUUGCUAAGUCUAGGAAACAGGGAGGGAGUAGUCAUUGUGGAUAAAGAGUGGCCAUGAGGAGGAAGUUAGGGUGAAAGUGGGAGGUGAGAUGUGGACCACACCAUUACCGGGCCAGACCUGGAUCUUGCUGGCUUUAGCAAGGAGAACUGCAGGGCCCGGCAGGAAUUAUGCACACAGGCAGGCAGGAAGGCAGCCCAGGGGGAUGGUGUCCAGGCUGUGGGCGGCAGCAGCGUGGGCAGAAGAGUGCAGAGGUCAGGGAGGCAGCCGGGGCAGCCCAGGGAGCAGGAGAGGGCAAAAGAGAGCUGAGUGGACCCUGGGGCUGAGGCUGUUUGCCCUCUGCUUGAGUCAUGUCACCUGGUGGGUGUGUGCACCCCUCAUCAACUAUGCACAGAGGAGAAGUAUCACAGCCACCAGUGGAUGCUCCAGGCAUGAGACGUCUGUUGAGAUAAACACAAAACGUGGGCCAGCCCUUGAAACUUGUAAUCAUAGUUGGGAAUAUUGGCCUGUCACACAGGAAGAGAGUGGCAAAUUGCUUUUGAAGAGAAUACGUUUAGGCUCAAACAACUUGGGUUUGAAUUUUACUUUCGUCACUAACAAGCCAUGCAGCUAGGGGAAGUUAUUUAACUUUUUUGGGGGGCCUGGUUUGUUCUUCUGGGGGUAUUAAUAUUUCCUACCUCGUAGGGUUAUUGUGAGAAUGGAAUGAAAAUGAAUGCCGUAAUGUAAAUGAAGUGCUUGGUACAGAGCCUGGCACACAGUAAGUGCUCUAAUAGAGCUCAGUAUUAUUAUCAGACAAGCAGUAACCUCGGUUAACUUGUGAUUAAGCAUGAAAUCCAUUGUCUCAGCAGAGAACCAGUAACAGAUGCAGUAAAAACUUAUCCCUUCCCUAUUGCAAAUACUUCCUUAAACAUACUCUCUGGCCUGAACUGUUUCCAGGAAAGCAGGAGACAUUGUAGUCAUCUGGAUAAGGGUCAUCUGCACAGCUUGAGCAAAUCAGUCUGUUUAGCCCUGGUACUACCUGCUCUACAUAAUGGUGUUUUCAUUCAGCUCACAAAUAUUUACUGAGCGACUACUAUGUUCCAAGCACUGAGGAAAGGUUCUGGAGAUGUUGAGUAGAAUACGACAAGCUGUGGGACUUUAGGUGCUGAAUCCAGCAUACAGACUAAGCUGCUAUAACAAAGAGGUCCCCAAAUAGAAUGGCUGUAUAGGCCGGGUGGGGUGACUCAUGCCUGUAAUCUCAGCACUUUGGGAGGCCGGGGGCAGGCGGAUCACAUGAGGCCAGGAAUUUGAGGCCAGCCUGGGCAACAUGGUGAAACACUGUCUCUACUAAAAAAUACAGAAAUUAGCUGGGCAUGGUGGUGCGUGCCUGUAAUCCCAGCAACUUGGGAAGCUGAGGCAGGAGAAUCACUUGAACCUGGAGGUGGAGGUUGCAGUGAGCCAAGAUCGUGCCACCGCACCUGCACUCUAGCCUGGGCGACAGAGGGAUUCUGUGUCCAAAAAAAAAAAACAAAAACCAAAAAACAAAAAACUCGGUUCGUAUGCAAGGUAGGUCCAGAAAGUUAUCAUUCUGGAUCCAGGUUUUUUUUUUUUCUAUUUUGUAUCUCUUAAGUUUGUGUUUCAGGAUGUGGGAAGCAGGAGGUGAAAUCCAAGACAAGCAGCUUAUCAUUAAGGAGUUUCCACUCAUAUCCCAUUGGCUGAAGCUUAGGCUCAUGGCCGCACCUGGUUGCAAGGAAUGCUGGGAAAUGUAGUUUGGAGCAGAUGGCCAUAUGCUUGGGUGAAACUCAUGGUGGGAGCUAUCGAAAGAAAGAAAGGAGAAUGAGGCUGGGCACGGUGGCUCAUGCCUAUAAUCCCAGCACUUUGAGAGGCCGAGGUGGGCGGAUCACUUAAGGUCAGGAGUUUAAGACCAGACCAGCCUGGCCAACAUGGUGAAACCCCGAAUCUACUAAAAAUACAAAAAUUAGCUGGGUGAGGUGGCGCACGUCUGUAGUCUCACUUACUCGGAAGGCUGAGGCAGGAGAAUCGCUUAAACCUGGGAGGCGGAGGUUGCUGCUGAUAUGGUGCCACUGCACUUCAGCCUGGGCAACAGAGCAAGAUUCUGUCUCAAACAACAAACAAAGACAGGAGAAUAAAUACUAAGGCACGGUUAGCAGAUUAAGCUUCAGGGAGAUAGAAAAGUAAAUCGGCGCUUGUAAUACAGUGAGGUAAGUGCUCCUGUCAAGAGCUCUGAUGGAAUCCAUGAAUAGAGAAAUACGUUGUGGCCCUCAUGGAAACUUGGGCUUUGGAAUCAGACUUCUGGAUUAAAAUCCCAGCCCUGUCACUUACCUCUAGUUCCUCCCCUACAGGAUUGGUAUGAGGAUUGAAUGACCACACACAUGAAGCUCUUACGACACGUUCUGGUCCAGAGGGAAUGCUCAGUAAGUGUAAGGCUCGGGGACCAGUUCUACAAGGAAGCCAUUGAGCACUGCCGGAGUUACAACUCCCGGCUGUGUGCAGAGCGCAGCGUGCGCCUUCCCUUCCUGGACUCACAGACUGGGGUGGCCCAGAACAACUGCUACAUCUGGAUGGAGAAGAGGCACCGAGGCCCAGGCCUUGCCCCAGGCCAGCUGUAUACAUACCCUGCCCGCUGCUGGCGUAAGAAGAGACGAUUGCACCCACCUGAAGAUCCAAAGCUGCGGCUGCUGGAGAUAAAGCCUGAAGUGGAGCUGCCGCUGAAGAAGGAUGGGUUCACCUCAGAAAGCACCACACUGGAAGCCUUGCUCCGUGGUGAGGGGGUUGAGAAGAAGGUGGAUGCCAGAGAGGAGGAAAGCAUCCAGGAAAUACAGAGGGUUUUGGAAAACGAUGAAAAUGUAGAAGAAGGGAAUGAAGAAGAGGAUUUGGAAGAGGAUAUUCCCAAGCGAAAGAACAGGACUAGAGGACGGGCUCGUGGCUCUGCGGGGGGCAGGAGGAGGCACGAUGCCGCCUCUCAGGAAGACCACGACAAACCUUACGUCUGUGACAUCUGUGGCAAGCGCUACAAGAACCGGCCGGGGCUCAGCUACCACUACGCUCACACUCACCUGGCCAGCGAGGAGGGGGAUGAAGCCCAAGACCAGGAGACUCGGUCCCCGCCCAACCACAGAAAUGAGAACCACAGGCCCCAGAAAGGACCAGAUGGAACAGUCAUUCCCAAUAACUACUGUGACUUCUGCUUGGGGGGCUCCAACAUGAACAAGAAGAGUGGGCGACCCGAAGAGCUGGUGUCCUGCGCAGACUGUGGACGCUCUGGUCACCCAACCUGUCUGCAGUUCACCCUGAACAUGACCGAGGCUGUCAAGACCUACAAGUGGCAAUGCAUAGAGUGCAAAUCCUGCAUCCUCUGUGGGACCUCAGAGAAUGAUGACCAGCUACUCUUCUGCGAUGACUGUGACCGUGGCUAUCACAUGUACUGUUUAAAUCCCCCAGUGGCUGAGCCCCCAGAAGGAAGCUGGAGCUGCCACUUAUGCUGGGAACUGCUCAAAGAGAAAGCCUCAGCCUUUGGCUGCCAGGCCUAGGGCCCCAGGUCACAGAAUGUGACUUGCUGCUGGAGAGGCUAAAGCAGAGCCCAGUUCAAAUCAGAAGGCGCCCUCCUCCCACAUGUCCAGACAGACUGACUGUAAGGAAAAGAAAUAGUCUCAGAGGGGCACAGACACAUGGAACCAAGAGGGUGCGGCGUCUCCCAGCCUCCCCCUAUACAUGCGGGACUGCGGCCAGCACCUCCUCAUCUCCACCGGAAGGAAGCUGCACUCUGGAAGGACACCCCAGACCCAGACCCGUGGAACCCUCUCACUGUCACCCCAGCACUGAGGCCCUCUCCUUUCUUCCCAGUUGAAGGGAAGCCAUUUCGUGACGAUUCACCCAUCACUUGUGUGUAGUGUGGUGUUUUUUAUCUGUUGUGUUCCAAGAAGUCUUCGCACAGCCUCCGCCCCCUCCCCCCAGCUUAGGCUCUUCAUCCUGAAACUCACCAGCGGAACAAAGGGCUGUGGAGAAGUUAUCGUUUAUGGCAAGCCUCGCUGGAAACUUCUAGACUCAGAGACUUGAAACCCCUCCUUGUUCCUUGGAGUUGUCUUGGAGACAGAGAGUUGCCUUCUAGAAUGCAGCAGUGGCAUCCACAGCCAGCCCGGUCUCCAUCCACUGUGUUAAGUUACUAGAUGGGGGUGGAGAGGGAGGGAGAGGCCCAGAGACAUGGAGGAAAUGUGGCGGAAGUGGUGCCAAGGCCCCGCCAUAGCCAGUCAGUAUUUGCUAUCCAUCGGGAGAGACUCUGCAAGAGGCCUGGCUGGUUCCUUGACCUUCAGAGCUGGGCAUCCUCUAGGUGAGACCAGCCAAAGUCUAUGGACAGAGGAAGAUGGUCCAGCCUCUGCCUCUCAGCCCACCUGAGUCUGGAGACCUGGUUUAGCUUCCCCUGGUAGGACUCAGGAACCAGGAAGGGGAGCGUAGGCUGCCCAAUCAUGUGUCCGAAUGCUGGAUACAGAGGGCUGCAGCUUUGAGAAACCUUCAGUAUUGAUCCGACGCUCUGAAUUCCUUUUCCCAAGUAAUUUCUUCCUUCCAUGUGGUGUAUAUUUGCUAUUGUCUACUGAGCCCUGACUGGGAAUUUUAGGAUGGGAGAGAGAUGAUUGUUAUCUAAACAAAUAAUUGGGGUGAGGUGGUCAUGAUUCGCCACCAGGGUGGCCACGUGUUAGAACCCUCAGGGCGAGGGCUGCUGUUGUUUCUGAAGCUCCCCAAUACAUGCAGGACUCUCACUUUCCAAAAAUUGUGUCUAGAAAGGUGGGGAGGCUGCGCUUCCGAGAACUCUGUGCGUUGGAAGAUAGCCCUGAGGGUUGGAGUGGAUUGGGCUGACUUUGAAUCGAAGCAGCAGCGCAAUCACUGACAUAUUUCUGGAAAAAUCAUUUGCCCAAAGGGCAGGUCUCAGUGAGUGGGACCCUUGCGCAUGCCUGGCUUCUCUGAAAUCAGCUCCAUCUCAGUGGUCCAGCUGCUUACAACAAAGGCCCGGGUUAUUUUUAGCUCUUCGUCUCCUGAAGAAGCUCCCAGAGACUGUGGCUAGUUGGGCCACUUCUGCUCAGCGGCAGCAUUUGUGCCGUCCCUCAGCGGGAGUGCUCCUCUCCAGGCUAAUUGCUCUUGGCCAGUGGACCCAGGGCAGCCUGGCAUGGAACCAAGCAGUGUGGGUCUCCCCCAUGCCUCUGCAGAGUGACCUGUGGCAAGAGACAGGGGUCACUCUCCUGCAGGGCUCUGUGGUCUCAGAGUGAAUCACAUACAUACAUAAUGGUCUCAUUUAAAGGGCCCCUGUCUGGAUGGAAGUUUAAUCUUCCUCAUAAGUAAUUUCCUUCUGCCUGCUGGUCGGUGAGCUCGUCUGGAUCCUGGAGGGACCAGGAGGGUGACAUUACAUCAGAGGGGCACAUUUUCUCUCCUGACUACUCCAGCUCUCUCUCUUCCCACAAAACCCAAAGCAGGCUGUCUCCAAAGGCUAAUGAUGGGUUUUAAGAGUCAUUUUAAUUUAAAUUUAGAAAAAAAAAUGUCCCAAAUAUUCCCAAAUGCCACAAUAGCUUAAAAGUUUAAAAAGCAAGUCUGAAACCCCAAAUUGUGGCUCCACGACUUGACAGGUCCUCUUUGGAGUAUGUGCAAAUUUGUUUUUCACAGAAGUGCAGGUGAUGGGGCACCCCCAUUCUCUCGCAGCCCCACGUCUGCUAAGGAUGAGCCUAAGCCAGGUCUCAGGGCUCUGGGACUUGCCUGCAGUGGUGAGGGUCAGGGCUCUCGAGUGACAUUAGGAGGGCCCUAGAGUUCCCUGCUUGCUUCAUUACUUGCAGAAUGGGCCCAACCCCUUCACCUUUGGAGGCCUCAGUUUCCCCAUCUGGAAAGCAGGGAUAGCAAUGCCAACUGAUGGGCUGGCACUGUCAGGGUCCUGCAGCAGACAAAAGCCUUCACGGCCACAGUGAUUGCCUCUGUGUUGAAAAGAGGACGGCAUUGGUAAACUUUAAAUUGGUCUCUUUUUUUUUCGAACCCCAGAUAAUGAGCUAGAAUCAUAGGAUGCAUGUGAAGGAUCAGGGUUUUUGUGUUGCCUCUGCCAUUGUGUAGCUGCGUGACGUUGGGCAAGACACCAAACUUCCCUGAACCUCAGUUUGCCCACCUGGAAAAUGGAGAUUGUAACACUGGCCUUGCCUAUGCCAGAGUGACAUUGGGAGUCUUAAGCAUCAUGUUACAUCAACAAGCACUGCAGAAUCUUGCUCGUCUGGGAAGACCACCACAGGUUUUCCAUGUCCACUUUCUUGUGUGCAUUAGCCAAUGUCAGAUGUCUUCUUGGUAUGCCCCUUGUGACCAAAGGGGGUUUCUAUUGCCAGGGCUGGGCUGCCCAUGGUCAGGGUCCUGGCAAAAGCUGAGACCAAGGACAUCACAACUUGCAUGGGCUAUGGGGUGGAGGUGAGGGAUGUACCAUGGGGUUGGGGAUUUAAAAAUGAAGAUGCUCAGGAUAUUCCCUUCUGUAAGAUCAAUGCAGUUUAGAAGGGAAAGGUGACUUCUAGAGAGGGCUAUGACUCCUUUCAGUUCAUGGGUAAUGCUCACUUUCGGACCAGCACUGCCACUUUCUAGCUGACUGACGUUGGGCCAAUGACUUUACCUCUCUGAGCCUCAUCUCCCAUGUCUGUAAGGUGGGGAAAUGUGGCCUAUCCAGCGUGGUUUUUGCAGGUAUUCGAGGUGACGUUGGUAAAGAUCCUGGUGUGGGUCUGGCAUGAUGAUGGAUUCCACUCCAUGGUGGCUAUUGUCAUUUUCUGCAGAGGCCACCAAAUGGAGAUGAUGUGGUUGUCAUCCAGCUCAAAUUCCGGGAACAGCCAGGAGACCUUUUCUGGGCUUCACCCCUCUGUGUUGUGGCUCCAGCAGACCAGAGAGGUGAGGCUGCAGGAUCCAAGCCGGAAGUGGAAAUCCUGUUUCCUGUCGGCAUUUUUGAAACCCUGCAUUUUGGACCUGUAGCAAAUCCAGUGUGGGCAACAUUAUGUGGAAAUAGAAACAGGGCUCCUGCUAGGAGAGUGACAUUAUGGCUUUCCUUCGGAAUUGCUCACUGACUCAUCGCCCCUGAAGCAGAAGCCAUCAGGUCCCAAGGCUCCCUGGCUCCUGUCCCUGCCCCAGGGCGAGGUAGGAAGCCCAGGCAGGCUGAGCCCAGCCAACUGGAAGCAGGGAAGAGCCCAUGGGUGGGUGGAAGGGAGGGGAGGCCAGAUUCCUUCAGAGCUGGGGAAGAUAAUAGGUUUCGAAGCUGGGGGUGGGUUUGGGUUUCACAGUGGUGGUUUCAUGAUACCCUGGAGCGUUACACACUCAUGGUGCAUUUUUGUCUUCGUGCUUUGAAUAUAGCUCAUUCCCUUUCAACCCUCUGCUUAAAAAGUUCCUAUGUUUUAAGGAAGAAAAAUGAGAUGAUUGUUAUUACUUUUCCUUUGGGGGCAAGGCGAGGAGACCUGCACUGUGCCGCUGAAGAAAGAUUGCUGGCAACCUCAGGCUUCAGGACUCAAAGAAGAGGGGCUUCUAUCUCCUCUUUGGGUCUGUGUGUGAGGGAGUGGGGGGUUGCGCUGCCCUUGGCCCAGGGCGGGCCCUGAGGACCACAUCCCUGCCCCCCAGGCUGGGUUUUAGCCUGUGUGGAAGUGCUGGGACAGGAACAGCCCCUUCUUCUCUCACUCACUGGCUACCCUCCCUGGCCCUUCUUAAGGGGGGUUCCAAUGUCACAGCCCAAAGGAGAAGUUGGCUCUGGCCAGAGCCAUGCUCACACUCCCAUGGAAGAUGCCAUAAGUCCCAGGCCUGGCUCUUUGUAGCAGUAGUGACUUGGUGUCCCUUUUAGCAGGCUCCUACCAUGGGGAGGGAGUGAGACAGAAGGGGCUGGGGAAGGGAGGGUGGGUAUUUGGGAGGGGCGAGGAUCUCUGGGGGAACAAGGCAGGGAGCUGGAUGUCCCCAGGUAAAGAUCCUGGAGCUUAGGAGUGGGAGGGCAUCAGGUGGGUGUGAUUGUAACCUUUUUUUUUUCCCCUCAGGCCUGUGAUCCUGGGCAACAGAUCAUUUACUUGUUAAAAAAGGUCAAAUCUCUGCCCAAUUCUGGACACAGAUUCAGCUCCCUCUCUCUUGAGGCCCCCGGUUGGUUGUGUGGGGUUUUAGGGAUGUUUCUGAGAGCAAAGCAGGCCCCUCAUCCAGCUGGGGGGAGAGAGAGAUGGCAGUGAGGGAGGGCUAGAUCGUGCCUGCAGCCUUGGGGAGUGAAGCCGUUCCAGGCACUGCUACCAGAGGGCUCAGGCCCCUCAAGGCCAGGACACCAGUAGCCGAGAAGAGGAGUGGAAGCCUGGCCAGUCCUGCCCCUCCGCUCCCUGCAAAGUGGACGGAGCUCCUCCACUCCCUGCUGUGUGUUACCCUGCCUGAAAUCUUACUCCCAUCUCCAAAGCAUGCUUUUGGAUACCAGGUGAAGGGGAAGGAUAGCAGUGGUGAUGAACAGAUAUUUUACUUUGUCUCAGGCCUAUGAUUCUCCCUACCUGAUCCCCAGCUUGCCGUAGAGUCUAACUGAUCCGUGUUGAGAAGGUGGGCUCCACAGCUGUCUGCGGGUUGGGGCCCCCUCCCCCAUUUCUGAGCGUUCCCAGGGUUUGGGAGUCUGUUUAUGAUUCUCUGCCAGAGGCCACGGCCACCAGCCCUGACUGUGGAAAGAGCGGGACAGAUGGCCUUUGGGUAGCUGGCGGAGGGGCUUGGAGAGCUGGGAACCCCUUUCUCGGGAGGCUGGAGACCCUCUGCUCUGAGUGGACAGCUGAGAGGGAGGCAGGGGGAAGGAGGGGAGAGGAAGCUGUGGGUGCUGCCUGCUGGCCACCCGGGCUGUGGGAGGACGGACAGCCUCCCAGGCAGACUGAGUGGGAGCUGGCUUGGAGCCUCUGAGCAGCUGUCCCCCAGGGAGGCCUGGCUGUGCAGCAGGCGCCCCCUCCAUGUGCGCAGCCCAGGCACUUGAAGAGAGGCCCAAAGGAAGUGCCGCCAGGAAAUUUGAGGAGGAGGAGGGGUCUGGGCUUGCCAGUUCCCUACCAGGGGGUUUUCCAGAAGGAACAGGGAACUCCCUGCAUGAGGGCAAAGUUUUGGAAGUGAGUGGGUUCCCGGAAAGGCUCUCUAUCUCUGGGUUCUGAGUGUGCCCUGGCUGUGAGGAGGUCCUGAGGUGACUCCCUAGGACCCUUGGUUCCAGCUUCCAUUCCCGCUCCUUCUCUUUCUCUGCUCCAGUGCUGGCCUCAGAUCGCAGGGCAGGUGGCCUUGAGAGAGUGCCCUUCCACAGUGUCCCCCUCUUGGCCCCACCAAGAGAAGGAAGUAUUUUGCUGAUGGUGACAUUUCCCAGGGCAGGCCAGAGGAAGGCAGGAACCAGGACUGGCAGGCAGCCAGAACCCUCUCGGACACAGAUAUAAUUACUCAUCAUGACCUCUAGCCCAGGCAGUGAGCAAAAUGGCCCUGCCGGCUGGCACCAACCCUGUCUAGCAAAUAAACGCGGCUGUGGGGGGACGGGAAGGGCAGGUCAGUGGGCCCAGUAGGAAAUGGGAGAGGCCCACAAGCCCCUGGGCCUCUACAUUCCCUCAGCAACACAACCCUACAGACCCCCAGGUUAGAUUGUCACUCACUGCCUCCCGCUUGCUCAUUUGCUUGCCUCUCUGCAUCUGUUACUCGUUUCAGUGUUAUGAAUAUUGAUGAUGAGAACAGGGAUGCCCAUGUGCAUGUGCGCGCACGCACACACACCCUGCUUAAUGAACUCAAGGGAAACUUUGAUGUUGCUCCAGGACUUGAGGGAGAGCCAGGGGCUGCCAGGCAAGGUGCAUCUUUCCCGAAGUCUUCUCCAGUCCCGCUCCCCCAGCUCUCAGCUCUGGCACAGCCGCAGGGGUUGCGAAGGGAGUCUUGUGCUGUGCUUGGAAAGGCCCUGGCUCCAUGACCUCUCCCCUUCUCUUCCCUUCGUUCACCUAUGUGUCUUUUUGGGAGAGAUAUUUGACAAUAGUUGGAGACUUGAAAAGUCUCAAUUCUGCUAUCAAAGGGAUGCAAAGCUUUCAUGGCUAGAAUUGGGGUUGUGGGUUUUAUGGACUUGGUUUGCCCUUCCACGUCUACUCCCCACUGAGACCUUGAUUCUCACCCUGCCCUCUCCCUUCCCUGCACUGCUUCCUCCCUUCCCUUUACCAUGCUAGAUGCUAAGGGGUGGAGGUGGGAAGUGGGAAGCAACAGUGGCAUAAAGGAAAAAGAAAAUAUACCCCGUGCACAUUUUCAACAUGUAGUUGAAGAGGCCUAAAUUAGGUACUAGAAAAAAAAGGAAAGAAACAUUGCCUGAUAUGUGAGUGAGAGAAUGAAAAUAUAGAACGAUUAUCUCAGAACAGAGGAGGUGGGGAGCAGGUGGCUGGAGAGAGGCGGGGUAGGUAGGCAGGGUGUCCCUGGCUCACCAAUGCAACUGGUCCACAUGGCAUUUGGGAAAGCAGACGGGUCAUGCUUAGGGGGCAUUUGUGUUCCUCAGGCUGGGAAGGGGAACAGAGUCCACUGGAAUUGUCCCCCACUCAUCUGCCAUGUUUGUCCACUCUUGGGGGUUCUCCUCUGAAGGAAAAUGAAUCCAUCUUUUGCCUGCCAUGAGUCAUUGCAGGGCAGGCUGUUACUGGCUAAUUUAAAACCCCUGGCAGGGCAUCGACUAUGUGCAGGGCAAUGCUCUAGGUCCUGUAGGGGCUGGAAAAUAAACCACAUCCUGGCCUAGCCUUCAAGUUGCUUUUCAGCCAUAAAAUUAAACUCUGCCAAGGAAUCAUGACUGCAGGUCAAGUCUCGCGCCACCACGGAAGGUGUAUGUAUAUGUAGGUUUCUCUGUUGAGCAUGUGUGUUCAUCAGUAGAAGAGAAGCAGGUAGGAGCAUCCAGUGAUUUCUACCCUGUGGAGCUUGGGGGGUGGGAGGAAGAAAACAGAUGACUUCAGCCUAGUUGCUUUCAUUUGCUUUUUAAAGCACUAGAUGCCCUUGGAUAAUGGCGUCCUCGGCACUAAAACUGGUGAACCGAAGAAGGUGCUUGGGCUGGAGUGUUGGGCAGCCAGUGCCCCAGUGCUGCUUGUGGGGUCCUGGGCUGGAAGGCAGACAGGUGCAACUGGCAGGGCCUGAUCAGAGGCAGAAAACGACCCCCACAGUGGUCUUCUCUGUGCUACAGAAAGCGGGGGUGGGGUGGGGGAGCUUCAUGCACAGAUUGGGCACACUCCACCAGACCCCAGCAAGGUCGGCUGCACCAUGCUUCCGUCUAGCACUGCAGGUGUGCGCAGGGAUGAACCCAGCAUCAGAGAAGUUUUCAGCAAACCUUCCAUGUUCACCUUUGGCCAGGUGCUUGUCAGAUCCUAGCUUUAUGCUGCCUUAGACUCUCUGUUGUUUGUGUUGACAGCAUUGGGAAGAAACCAUUUGUUUCGGCUUUCCUUUUCUCCGCACGUGUCACCGCCAGAUUUUAGCUUUGAGUUAUUCCCUGAAGAAGCCACACCAAGCUUGCUUUCAAGCAUAAUGCCUGGGCUUGGGGGAAGGCAUGUAUCUGUCCAUGUGUGGAUGUCGGCUCAGAGCUGUAGCUCCUCUGUGGGGGUGGCCUGAGGGAAGGCUCCUCUGGGGCCCUGGGCGGCACAUGGCUCCCAGGGUGGGGGUGGGAAUUCUGGUGAUAUCUGUGGAGGUAGUCAGGGACAUAGGCUUUGCUGUGAGUCUGGUUUUAAAGUGCUUGAGAGCUUGAAAAGCAUGUACGUUGGGGUCUGAUCACUCACCUACUUGAAAGUCGGUGAGCAAGGCUCCUCUGAAUGGCCCUGCUGGUGGAAAGGGUGAGGCAAAGGCCUCUGACUUGGACUCUAUACAGACUACACUGGCAGCACUGCCCCCAGGCAGCCAGCAGUUGACCCUAAGCCCUCAGGUCCCCAGCUCCUCGAGGGACGAACCUGGGAGCCCGAGAGCCUGUGGCUGAGCUCUGAGAAGGCCCCAUCUCCCACCUGCCCUAGAGUGUGCUCUCAGGCUGAGCACAUGGUCUGAUCUGGCACCUUCCAGGCCUGAUGCUGUGCUGUCUGUGUCACACGGUCAAUUCACAAAAGCCAGAACUAGUCCUCAACCAGGUCGGCUCCCCCUUGUCAAUUGGGUUCAGGCUAAGGGCAAUUUUAAAGCCUGGUUUCUCUCUUAGCCAAGAAAUGGAGCAUCUCUGCUAAGAAGUCAAAAGAAAUUGGUUUUCUUCUUCUCGUUGCUGAAGCCCCCUGUGUCUCUCUCAGGGACAAGCUGGUCCAAUGGCUUUGGGGAGGGCACCUUCAUUUAUAAACGCUGGGAUUCCUCUGAUGGGUUUUGGCGGCGGCUCCUACAGUAGGAAGGACAACGAGGUCCCUGAGAAGGAGCUGCCUACACUGCUGCUCCAUGAGGAAGCUCAGGCCUGCACAGGCUCACCAGGCCUUGGUUGCCCUCUGGUUGAGUCAGAAAGCAUGAGGACUUGCAGAAGGGGUGUGUGUGGUCCUCAUUGCCCUGUCUCAGCUGGUGAAUAGAGAUCCUGGGCAUCUCACAGCCUUAGGAAGGUACUGCCUCUCCAUCGCUUUAGACUGCAUUUGGAAAAGGAACCCUGGAAAUGCACUGAGAUCUCCAGUGCAUUUCUAGCCAGAAGAUCUCAGGCUCUUUUCUCACAGGUUAAAGACUCUGAGCCCCUGACAUUGACUCUUAGCUUCAGAAAGUGGCCCUCCAUGUGUCAUGUGGCAACUAGGGUUCCAUGGGAGAGUUUGCCCUAGAUCUGGGUCGCAGUGUCUAAGACACAGUUCCCAGGCAACCCCAGCCCAGCCUCCCUAGGAUAAACAGAGGUGGGGCUGGCACAUUUUGAAAGCCACUGAGCUCACUGUCUCUCCACUUGGAAAGUCCAACUCUAAAUCACUGCUGUCAAAGUCCUGUACAUCCCUCAAGGUUCUGCUCCAACGCACCUACUCAUGAAGCCCUUCUACAGAUGAUCUCCCUUCCUGUUGCUGCCUCCACUGGUAUCUCUAGAGCUGCAGAUAUGAUGCAAACCGGGGGUCAUUUCUUCCAGGUGUGGGCACCAGAGAGGGAAACCAAUUCAACAUUUUAUCCCCAUCACUCCAAAAUGCUUUCUUGUCUCUUUUACCCCACACGCACAACUCCUGAGACUCUCAUUCAUCAAAGAAUGACCAAGAGAGUUGUUCUCCAGUGGCAGAAAUGCCUGUGAGAGUUUCCCUUUCUGCUCCUUGAACGCCCUCCUCCCGAUCUGUGGGACCUAGUGCCUCAUUGCUGAUGAGUUUUUGCCUUGGGCUGCUUGGGUACUUGAGACCAGGACUGAGGUUGACACAGCUUUCAUGAGGUUACAGAAAAGGGCUACAGAUUUGGGAAGUUGUGUGUAACGGUCGUAAGACAUUAUUUCCAUUUGGCUCACACCGGCUUCUCUAAAAAGCAACUACAGCCACAGAUAAACAAAAAGCCCUGCCUCCCACCCCACCAGCUGUCCUCCUCCUUCCGCUGUGAUGUGGUUUCGUUCUCUCUCUGUAGGUGUAUGUGCCACCCCGCUCCUCUGUCCUCUGGGGAUCCGCCUUUCCCACGUGUGUCAGGUUCCCACUCUUUUGUGGCUCCUAACAUGAAGUGCUGUGAUGUUUCUGGCCUGUCUAAUGGAAGUAUCAAGAUUGCUCCGUGUUUCAGUGCUGGAGAUGAGGCUGUGCCAUGUCUCCCACUGUCCUAAGGGGAUACGCUGCUUCUGUGACUUCCCAGAGAGCUGGCAAGUUAUGACAGUCUCCAGGAGGAUCUACACAUUGGAAGCAGCCCACACCUGAUGUGGACUCGCUGACCCGGGACUUGCUCUUCAUGCAGAAGACUGGUGGCCCAUGUGCCAGGACCACCCCACCUCUCUCGCUGCCUUUUCUCCUGUCCUGACAGGGUUCUGGGAGGGGGACCUGUAGCUGAUGAGAGAAUGACAUGGGGAUCGAGCAGCCUUCGUCUUUGGGACCCUUCGAUAUCCCAGCCCCUCUGUGGAACCCUCGCAUGUUCACAAAGACUGUCACAAGCCCCCGUCCCUUCCUUGCUGUGGUUAGUAUCUUGUUCUGUGAUUGGUUAGCAAUGUUGACUACCCAUGUAGUGACUCUUUUGUCUGCAAUUUAGAGAAUGUGUAAACAAAUAAAAGGCUUUAAAAAUC